AUGAAGAUGUCUCUUUUUAGCGUUGGCAUCUUCCUGGGUAUUCUGCCCUUCAGUUCUGGCCAGUUCCCUCGGGCAUGCGCCAAUGCCGACAGCUUGUUGAGCAAGGAAUGCUGUCCCAUUUGGCCUGGCGAUGGUUCCCCUUGUGGGGAGCUGUCAGGUAGGGGAUCCUGUCGCGAGAUCCUACUUUCAGACGCCCCUCUCGGGCCUCAGUUUCCCUUCUCCGGAGUGGACGACCGGGAAGACUGGCCCGCCGUGUUUUACAACCGGACGUGCCAAUGCUCCGGCAACUUCAUGGGAUUCAGCUGUGCCGACUGCAAGUUCAACUUUGCCGGUCCCAAUUGCACAGAGAGGAAGCUGAGGGUGAGGAAUGACAUCUUCCAGCUCAGCACCAGGGAAAAGAACCAGUUCCUUGCCUACCUCAACCUAGCCAAGCAUACCACCAGCAGGGAUUUUGUCAUCGCCACCGGAACGUAUGCCCAGAUGAACAAUGGUUCGACGCCCAUGUUCCGAGACAUCAAUGUGUACGACCUCUUUGUCUGGAUGCACUAUUACGUCUCUCGGGACACACUCCUUGGAGGCACCAAUGUGUGGAGGGAUAUCGAUUUUGCCCACGAGGCUCCGGGGUUCCUUCCGUGGCACCGUCUUUUCCUGCUCAUGUGGGAACACGAGAUCCAAAAGCUCACUGGGAACGAGAACUUCACCAUCCCCUACUGGGACUGGCGAGAUGCCAAGAGCUGCGACAUCUGCACGGAUGAGUACAUGGGCGGAAGGCACCCUAGCAACCCAAAUUUACUCAGCCCAGCCUCUUUCUUCUCCUCGUGGCAGGUAGGCACAGGGAGGUGGGAAUCUGUUUCUUCUGACUUGUGCAGAGGAGAAACUGUACCUUUAAGUCUCUUUGUGCACCAGGAUGCCAUGAAUAGCUGUGUUUUUCUGCAUAUUUGUAUGGGCAUGCGGAGCUGCCUUAAUCUACCUUAGUGGAAGAUCAUAGCUCACUAGUGAGUUGAGGUGGGAGAGAAGUUAGAUUCAGUUUGCAUUGAAAAGUGAACUUAAUUUACGUUCGCCAAAGCAAUAUGCGAACCAAAAUGCCGCCAUUCGUUGAUAUUUGCACUCUUCCAAAUUUUGUAGGGCUGUUCUCCAACUCAGUGACGCAUGCAAAAAUAAAUAAAUGCACAUGCAUUGUUAAAGUGUGCACAGAAAUGCAAGGAUUAGUGAAAGUUGCAUAUGAAGAAUGCAUUUUAUUAGGGGAAGCUGUAAUGCAAAAAAAGUUAAAAAAGUUGUGUGUUAGGGGAAAUUGUGUACAAAAGUGUUAGGAGAAAUUUGCACUAAAAGGUUGACGAGUUUUCAUGAUGAGUUUGUUUUUCAAAUCGCAAACAUGUGGAAAUGUGGAAGUUAAGGCUGGAAAAAUGAGAAACUGAAAUCAACAUAUUCAGCCAUCCCUAGUGGUAGAGCAUUUCUUUGCAAGCAGAAUAUUCCAGGUUCAAGCCCUGGCAUCACUAGAUAGGGAUUAUCCCCUGAGAGUACCCCCAUCUGCAAUGCUAGAGAGCCACUUCCUGCUAGUGUAGGACACAUUGAACUAGACAGGCUAUUGGUCUGAUGCAGUAUAAGGCAGCUUUCGAUGGUCCUAGCUCAGGUCUCUGUAUUCUGAGUGGCAAGGGCUCCCCGUCAGCAGCAGAGGAAGCCGCUCAGGUGCCUGGGGCGGCGUGCCCAGAGGUGGGGCGCACUGUGGGGCCUCUGGAGUCUGCCUGCCUCCUCCCACUCAGCCACCCUACAGCUGGGGGGGAGGAAUGCAGCGGGCGGACCGUUUGGGGCAGUGUGGAGUCUGUGCACACACAAGCCACCGCGUCACUCCCAGGAGAGACGUGUGGCUCAGACACGCUGCAAGCGCUGCAGUGAGUGCCACCCGGCAUUUUGUCACCCCCCUCAGUGGUGAAACCCGGGGCAGCCCGCACCUACCGCACCCCCUUCCUCCGCCCCUGCUCCCCAUCAUCUCCAUCAAGGGGUUUUCCCCACCAGCACGGAUGCACGAGAUCCUUCUAACUGGAGACGCCAGUUCCCCAGCCGUAGUUCUGCUAGUGACUUACAGCCUAUCGAAAAUGCAAUGUGCUUUCCAAAAAGCAAUUGGGGACUAUAAUGUGUCAAAACGCAAACGACCAAAAGAUUAAAGCAGCAGUGAAAUCCAUUUUGUCAGCUGGUUUACAAUCCAGGCAGCCACAAACACCUGGGUAAACAGACAGCCUGAAUGCCAGCAGAUAAGUGGCAGCUGAUUGGAGGAGAGAGACCGAGUUCUAUAAAUGUGAUUUUACCUAAUUCUCUCUGCUUCUGGUGAUCAGGCUACGAGUUUAUGUAGCCAAAAUAGAAACACAUGCACAAGGAAGCAUUAUCCACAGGAAUGGUGGAACACUAAGGAUUAAGUAAGUACAAAAAGAAAAGAAAAGAAACCCUACAAAGCUGGAACCCCCAAAAAUAGGCCAGUGAGGACUAAGUUACUCAAUGGCUAUGGUGUGCUAACUGGCUUGAGGGGGUAUGAGAUGGGUGGGAGGGGGAAUUUGCAGGAAUCCUGAAGGGAAGAACUCCACAAUGCAACAUUUUACAGUGGUACCUCGGGUUAAGUACUUAAUUCGUUCUGGAGGUCCGUACUUAACCUAAAACUGUUCUUAACCUGAGGUACCACUUUGGCUAAUGGGGUCUCCUGCUGCUACCGCACAAUUUCUGUUCUCAUUCUGAAGCAAAGUUCUUAACCUGAAGCACUAUAUCUGGGUUAGCAGAGUCUGUAUCCUGAAGCGUAUGUAACCUGAAGCAUAUGUAACCCGAGGUACCACUGUAUUGGGAAUCCCACUUCUAGCCGUUUGUUAUCUUUGGUAGCCAUUUUGCCUCACCAUGAAAGUGGAUAAGCCAAAAGCUGAUCCUUCAGCAAAGAUGGGCACUUUGCAAGGUUUAAGAGGGGUUGUAGCAUCAGAUCUGAAGUAAAGCCCUGAGCACACCAAUUUGCCACUAACCCAAGUGCAUAUGUGAUAUCGAGCAAUGGGAUGUAACCCAAUGUUGUAACUGCCCAGAGACCUGUGGGUAUGGGGAGGUAUACAAAUUUAAUUAAUAAUAAUUCAGGUGUGCAUUAUAUUACUUAGGAAGAUUCACACGCAAACAUCACACACACACACACACCUGUGUGUGUGACCUCAAAACAGGCAGAGGUGGGAGCGGGGCAAGAGGGGCAGGAUGAAUCCACAAGGCAAACAGGGGACAAAUUUCCCCCAACCCCAGCUCCUUCAAACUUUGACUCAGAGGAGCUCAAGCCUUCCCACCCUCUCUAUUUUUACCUGCACAAUAACCCUGUGAGGUAGGUUAGGCUGAGAGAUGGUGACUGGCCCAAGAUCACCCAGUGAGCUCUGGUCUUCCAAGAUGCUAGACCAGACUUUCCCAAACUUGGUUCUCCAGCUGUUUUUGGACUACAACUCCCAUCAUCCCUAGCAAGCAGGACCAGUGGUCAGGAAUGAUGGGAACUGUAGUCCCAAAACAACUGGAGAACCAAGUUUGGGAAACCCUGUACUAGCCCAAUGCUCUAACUGCUACACCACAUUGUCUCUACGUAUUCAACUAUGUGAUGGAAUAAGCAUGGGUUUGUUUGUUUUUGCAGGUGUGGUCUCUAUGUAUGCUACUAGGGCUGCCAUAUUUCAAAAAGUAAACUUUUUUGAAAGUUUACUUUUUGCAAAAUUGUUGUUGAGCUUUGGUUGAACCAAUAUCAAGGUAUAGGUAAAGGGUCCCCUGACCAUUAGGUCCAGUCGUGGCCACCUCGGGGGGUGCGGCGCUCAUCGCGCUUUAUUGGCUGAGGAGCCGGCGACAGCUCCAGGUCAUGUGGCCAGCAUGACUAAGCCGCUUCUGGCAAACCAGAGCAGCACAUGGAAAUGCCGUUUACCUUCCUUCCUAUUUAUCUACUUGCACUUUGACGUGCUUUCACACUGCUAGGUUGGCAGGAGCAUGGACCGAGCAAUGGGAGCUCACCCCAUCACGGGGAUUCAGACCACCAACCUUCUGAUCGGCAAGUCCUAGGCUCUGUGGUUUAACCCACAGCACCACCCAUGUCCCUCUGAACCAAUAUAGUUGGGCUUUAUUGGGGAAACCUCCCCACAAAAUAGUGAUUUCCAAGCUUUUGGAGCUGUUUCCUCUGCUUUUACAUCCAGGUUUUCCCUGACAUUUUGCCAGGUCGGCAAAAAUCCCCCCCCUGACGCCAUUUUAACACCCGGAAACCUGGACAUGUCAGGCAUUUUCCUGACGUAUGGCAAGUCUAAUGUGUGCCAAAUUGCUUAUGGCCAUCAAGCUUAAAAUGUUCAGAGCUAAAACAGUGGAAACAUAAGCACACAUGUUAGCAACUUCUUUCUGAAAACAGGAAUGGAGGCAGGAUUCCUCCCUCCUACUUUCCCCCAGAGCCAAGAUUUUAGUAAUGAAUCAAUUAACUCUAUACCUUAAAAGGCAAGCAAGGAGUCUGAGUGUUCUCAAGGGAAAUGCCUAUUCAUUUAGCAUCCUUUGUCACUAGAGAAGGUUUUUGCUUUUAUUAUGAAAGGUAGUCCCAAUUAACCUGUUUGGUAGAGUGCUGAGGAUUUUGUUUUGUAAAGUGUGUCAUUUUGAUUAUUGUUUUUUAAAAAAUCCAUUCUUAGGGCCUCAAGCUAUGUGGAAACACUGAAAACAGAACCAACAGGAUAAAAUAUAAAACACUGUCUACUGGUUUGUAGAUAAAGCAUUGCCUAUUGUAGCCAGCUGGGGGGGAAAUGGUCAUAGUAUGGCCUUUAUGACGCCAUUAAAUCAGAAUUGGAGAACCUGUGAUCCUCUAAAAUCAUAGAAUGGUAGAGUUGGAAGGGAUCCCAAGAGUGAUCUGGUCUAACCUCCUGCUGUGCUGUUGGAUUCUAACUCCCAUCAGCCUCAGCUAGCACAGCUAGUGGUGAGGUGUGAUGAGGAUUACAGUGGUACCUCAUGUUACAGAUGCUUCAGGUUACAGACUCCGCUAACCCAGAAAUAGUACCUUGGUUAAGAACUUUGCUUCAGGAUGAGAACAGAAAUUGUGCUCCAGUGGUGUGGCGGCAAUGGGAUGCCCCAUUAGCUAAAGUGGUGCUUCAGGUUAAGAACAGUUUCAGGUUAAGAACGGACCUCCGGAAUGAAUUAAGUUCUUAACCCGCGGUAGCACUGUAUAUCCCAAUAUUUUGAGGGUCUACAAGCUAUGCUGAUCCAAAUAAGGUAGCCAAAUAAGGAAGAGCCAGUGUGGUAUAGUGGUUAAGAGUGGUAGUCUUGCAAUCUAGGGAACCAGGUUUGUGUCUCCGCUCCUCCACAUGCAGCUGCUGGGUGACCUUGGGCCAGUCACACUUCUCUGAAGUCUCUUAGCCCCACUCACCUCACAGAGUGUUUGUUGUGGGGAAGGAAGGGAAAGGAGAAUGUUAGCCGCUUUGAGACUCCUCGGGUAGUGAUAAGCGGGAUAUCAAAUCCAAACUCUUCUUCUUAUGGGGCUUCAGGAAAAUGUUUGGGCGAGGAUUGGGCAGAAGCCGAUGGUGUGGUGGCACGGUUCACCUGAGCUCUGCUUGGUUGCAUCACUGCUGAUUACUGGGCGAGGCUGCGGUGAGGAGAGCACGGUGCAAACGCACUUGCAGAGCCAGUCGGGUGCAUUUGCACUGCGCUGACCUUGUAAUUCCCUACCCCCCUCUCCUUUGACCUCCCAGUGACGUGACUGACUGGAGUUCUAUUUAGUGGUGCUGCCCCAGCCCAUUCCUUUGUGGGCAAUCUCGGGGGGGGGGGGGGUUGCAUGCCAAUGGUGCGUGUGGCCAGAGGCAAAAGUGGGCAGAGCAAGAGAUGCAAUUUUCACUUUUGUAUAGUAGGCUAUGCAGAGGAAUCCCUGCUUAAGUGGGGGUUCCAUUCCUGGCUGCCCCGCACACCCAUGGGACAUACAGAAGUCCCAGUCCAGUCCGCCCCUCCCUUGGCCUGCUCCCACCCCACACCAACCCACCAUGUUCCUCCCCUGCCCUAGCCCCUUUUGGCUCCGAAAAAGGUGCAUUUGCCAGAGGUCACGUGCGUGAUGAUGACACACGUCAGUCAUGCAAAUGUCAGAGGCUUCCAUUCUUCACCCAUAUAAAGAAAAGGUGUUAAUAUAUCAAGUACAGUGGUACCUCGGGUUAAGUACUUAAUUCAUUCCGGAGGUCCGUUCUUAACCUGAAACUGUUCUUAACCUGAAGCACCACUUUAGCAAAUGGGGCCUCCUGCUGCUGCCGCGCCGCCGGAGCACGAUUUUUGUUCUUAUCCUGAAGCAAAGUUCUUAACCUGAAGCACUAUUUCUGGGUUAGCGGAGUGUGUAACCUGAAGCAUAUGUACCCUGAAGCGUAUGUAACCCGAGGUACCAUUGUAUAUUGGACUCCACAAUGUUUGCAUAGAAAGGUACAGUCUAUCACAGACAGAUGCUGGAGUUUGAAUGCUGAGAAUGCCUCUUUUGAGGCAUGUGACAUGGCUUGGCCAGGCGUGAAUUCCAGUUGGUCUGAAGCAGUUACAGAAAUGUUGUACUGGGGAAAUCCGUGAUAUUUGCAAGUGUCCGUGUACUUUUAAACUAUAUUCCUGUAGCAUGGGGAUUAAUGGCUGCACAAGAAAAAAUGGAUUUUGUGAGUUCUUAUGGUGGCUAAGAGACUUACACUUUGAGCUUGGAAGGAUAAACACCCACCAUUUUUAUUUUUAUUAUUUUUUUUGCAAUGGUCCCCUGACCAGGCUACAUUCAAGCAUAUUUCAAAUGGGCAUCAAUUUUGUGUUGAUACCCAUGUGCGCAACUGCAAGGCUUAUAUCAGCUUAUAUGUCCAAUUUAAGAUUCCUGAACUGAUGGUCACUGUACCCACAAUGUGGAUUGAUGGUCUAUUGUUAUAUUAUUUGGUUAUUAUUGUUGUUGUUAUCUAUUUCUUUCUUCUUUCUUCUCAUCUCGUUUUGUUUCCUUCUUUCUUUCCCUUGAUAAAUCUGCAAAUAAAAAAAUUUGUUGUUUUUUUAAAAAAGGGGGGGGCAAUUCUAUGGCAAGACCUGCUUAGGAUGAGCAAAGGAACUCUAGCUCAGUCGCUGUUAAGUCCCCAAAUCUGGGUCAGCUGAAGAUACACUGGUUUAACUUGCUCACCCGCCUCAGCCUGGGCUGCUGUAAGUCCCUGGCAAAGGGGGAAUUCCAGGGGUGUGACUCAGAAGGGACCCUCAAGAGAAGACUUAGGCUGGAUCCUAAGCACUUUCAGCUCAGUCAUGCGACCUGGCAACGUGAUGCAGAACACUAUUUUAAAAGGCUUGUUUUCCUUUCGGCAGGCUUAGGCAUGGCAGCAGUUGCCCCACUGCUGAACAUAGUUUUGAUCUGGUGUAACUUAGUGCCAAGUUAACCUAAACUGAUAUGCUUUGUGCCAGCUUCUUGUGCAUAGGAUUGAUGACUGAAAAAGCAGGGAGGUAGCCGUGUUGGUCUGCAGUAGUCAAAACAAAAAUUAAAGCUGUGCAUGCACACGAAACCUCAUACCAAUAACAAACUUAGUUGGUGUCUAAGGUGCUACUGGAAGAAUUUUUUUAAAUGUUUUUUUGAAAAAGCGGGGAGCAGGCUCUUCCCAAAAGACAACGACACCAACAACAGCAGCAGCAAUAACAACAACAACAACAACUUAUUAUUUAUACCCACCUAUCUGGGUGGGUUUCCCCAGCCACUCUGGGCAGCUCCCAACAGAAUAUGAAAAACACGCUAAAACAUCAAACAUUUAAAAUUUCCCUAAACAGGUUUGCCUUCAGAUGUCUUCUAAAAGUCAGAUAUUUGUUUACUUCCUUGACAUCUGAUGGGAGGGUGUUUCACAGGGAGGGCGCCACUACCAAGAAGGCCCUCUGUCUGGUUCUCUGUAACCUCACUUCUCACAGGGAGGGAACUGCCAGAAGACCCUCAGAGCUGAACGAUGGGGGUGAAGACGCUCCUUCAGGUAACUUUCCUUACAGGCAUAAUAGGGACAGGGGUUCCAAAGAAGAUGGCAAAACUAUUUAUGUAUGUGACAACCGCAGCUAGAAUAUGAUAUGCACAGGAAUGGAAAGGAGAGAAAGUUCCAGCAAAGGAAGAGUGGCUUUUGAAAGUGAUGGAUUAUGCAGAAAUGGCAAAAUGACAGUGAUAUUAAGAGAUCAGAAUGAUGAACGUUUUUAUAUAGAAGAAGGGAGGCCUUUCAUGGACUAUUUUUUUAAAAAUACUAUAGUCAAAUGAAAUUGUGGCCAGGAUUCAAGAUAAAAGAAGCAGAAGGGAAAUGAUAAAAUAAUUACAAAGGAGAUUUUAUCUGUUUUGUAAUAGAUAAAGAUAUAAUGUAGCGGAAAAGGUGUGAGUAGAAACACCGCAGAAGUGGAGGUGGGAAGUCAAUUUAAGAAGCAAUGCAACUAUUUGAUAUGAAGAUUAUUGUGAAAAAGAAUUAAUAGAAAAUUAUACUAUAAUUAUACUGUAAUUAGACUAUAUUAGAGAAAAUAUUUUAGAUAUUAUAUAAAAUAUUUUAUUCUAUAUAUAUAUAUAUAAUAUUAUAGAAAAAUAUAUACUAUAUUAAUAGAAAAUUAUACUAUAAAUAGUGAGACACGGGUGGCGCUGUGGGUUAAACCACAGAGCCUAGGGCUUGCCAAUCAGAAGGUCGGCGGUUCGAAUUCCCCGCAACAGGGUGAGCUCCCGUUGCUCGGUCCCUGCUCCUUCCAACCUAGCAGUUCGGAAGCACGUCAAAGUGCAAGUAGAUAAAUAGGUACCGCUCCGGCGGGAAGGUAAACGGAGGUUUCCGUGCACUGCUCUGGUUCGCCAGAAGCGGCUUAGUCAUGCUGGCCACAUGACCCGGAAGCUGUACACCGGCUCCCUCGGCCAAUAAAGUGAGAUGAGCGCUGUAACCCCAGAGUCUGUCACGAGUGGACCUAAUGAUCAGGGGUCCCUUUACCUUUACUAUAGUAUAAAUGCAAAAGUGGGGAGCAGGUAUUAAUGCAGAUCAAUGAGACAUUUCAGUCAGGCAAAAGCAGUCAAGAUGUGCACUGAAUAGAGCAGGUGAGGUAUGGCCUACAGAGAAGGUAUUGCUUGGGGCAAGUCCCCUGGCGGCCACAAUUCACACAUACACACCCCAAGUCUGAGGUUUCCCACUCCUGACUUAGGCAAUUACAAAAGAUUCCUGCAAGUUUUCACACAACUCAUUAAACAGCUUUUGAUCCCUCUCAAACUGGGUUAAGUUCAGAAUUCAGGGAGAUUUCUUGCAACUCCCAGCAGUGUAAACAAGAGGAGAAUGCGCUCGAAAAUGGGGUGGAGGAAGAGAGAUUUAAUGCCAGAAGGCUGUCAAGUCCAGAACAAAAUGAAAAAAAAAAGGAUGAAGGAGGUAGGCUAUUCAGGGCUUUGUGGAAAUUCAGUGGGCAAAUAAGAAGCAAAAGCAUCUUUUUUAAAAGAAAAAAACACUUUCUUUCACAGGGGAGUCUCAAAGAAACAGCUUUUUGAACUGCAAUAAUAUAAUGACACUUACACAGGAGAUCAGGGAGCACUCAAGACUUGUUGUGGAUUUGUUGUUUGGGGGGUUAUGUGAAGUAUCCAUUUCAAACUCUGCUUCCCCUCUUCGAAAGAAAGGAGAGCAUACUUUAUUCCGUGGAGAUGUUGCCAUGGAAACAGCGAUAACUGUGAAUGCAUGCUAAAAUGCUGACUUCUCCCCCACUCCUCACGCAGCCCAACCUUUUCCUUUUCCCUCAGCCAACUGUUGUUACUCCUCUGCAAGUGCAAAGCAUGCUUCUCUCAUGUUUACAGUCUUCUGAGGUACCUGCUCCUGCGAUCAAACUGUCAAAAACAGUUUAUGUUCCCACACACAAACACAUCCCUCCGAAAGCUAAUCUCUUUUUUAAAACCCCCCCCAAAAUGGAUUUCAUCUCACCGAAAAGGCUCUCCCACGCUGCUGGACUGAUGAACAAAGGGAACCCAAGGACUGAGGAAAACCUGAAAGCACUUUUAAAAGAAAAAUAAAAUAAAAAUCUAACGCUCCUUAGAGAUGCAAAAGGCAUCCCUCCCAUUUCACCCCGUAUUAGUAACACACAGCCCUGUUGCUGUUCUGCUGCAGUUUGCCUCCCGCCCACCUCGCUGUCUGCUGUGGCAAAAUUACCAAACUUACACCACUUAUGUAAUUAACUACAUCAUCAUUAUGCUAUUCCACCCGUUGCAAAGGAAAUACAAUGCAAAUUAGGGGUAGGGGAAGUAAUCAGUUUCACAACAUUUGCAGACCUAAAGCUAUGUGCCCUCUGUCUUUGUGCUCUUUGCUUUCCUACUUUCAAGGCUCACUGGGUUCUGGGAGAGGGGGGUCUGAAAUGCUUUCUAAGGACACCAUGUCUGUCAGCUGUCAUCCCUCUGUUGCUUCCUUCUCCUCCCCCUCCUCCUCUUCCCUCCCUCCCAUUAUUUCCCAACUUUCCACCUCAUCUGCCUCUGAGCUGUGACCUCCAACAAAUCCCUGUUGUAAAUCUAAACUGCCUUCCUCUUCCUCCUCCCUGGAAGGGUCAGGCCGGGGAGGCGGUCUCCACCAUUUCUCCUCUGCCCAGUCCCUGACACUUGUUCAGGCGUUCACUUAACCAUAUGAGGGUGUUGGGUAUGUUUAGCUUGAAGAAGACAAGAUCGAGAGGUGAUAUGAUAGCCAUCUUCAAAUACCUGAAGGGCCACCACAUGGAAGAUGGAGCAGCCUUGUUUUCUGCUGUUCCAGAGGGUAGCAACCAAUGGAUUCAAAAAACAAGAAAUGAGAUUUUGACUAAACCUCAGGAAGAAAUUCCUGGUGGUAAGAGCUGUGGUUGCAGUGCAUGUAUGGUCCUCACCACAGUUUCUUCGGUUUUCAGAUGUGCCCACAGGCCCAAAGAAGCUGAUGACCAGAAGUUUAAUGAGAAGGUCUGAAAAGAGUUCCUAAGCAUUCCUCUGUUGAAAACACUUAGGCUGGGUGCAUAACAUACCUUUAAAGCACAUGGCUUCCCCUAAGAAUCAUGGGAACUGCAGUUUUAUCUCCAUGGUGCAACCAUUCACAUUCCCCUUAGCAAACUACAGUUCCCGUUAUGCUUUGGGAGAAGCCAUGUGUUUUAACUGUAUGAUGUGCACACAGUCUUAAUGGCUUCCCUGAGAUGGAGAACUCCAUCUUAGUCUUAUUCAACAGAAUAUGCUUAGAAACCAUUUUCAGACUUUGUGCUGAACGCAUGAAGAUAUGCAAACAAACCCCACGCCCAGGCACAUUGAGGUUGAUGCUUGUGUGCACACCCCUGGCCCACCUCCGUAUUCUAAACUCUCAUAUGGUCAUUGUUCUCACUCACACCCUUUUGAAAACGACAAAUUCCGAGAUAAUGUUCCACUGUAUGCUCUGUUUCCCCUGCAAUCUGAAUGAACAAAGGUAGUGAAUGCAAGUAGCUGUAAAAUUAGAAUUGAUUUCAUACAUUGGUUGAAUGCCUUUAGAUGGGUAUGAAAUGUUUGCAUAUCUAUACUUUAUUUAUAGAGAAGAAAACAUGGUUCUAAGAAGGUUAGAAGAGAAGUCAGGGUGGGUGUUUCUUUGGAGGUAACGAGAAGUGCUGGGGAGAAACACUGUUGUCAUACCAACAUGAAUCAAAGGCCAGAUUUUGAAUUGCUUUCCUGCAAGGAUUCUGACAAUGACACUAGAAUAGGAACAAAGGAAGCGGCAUUAUAUACCAGGGUCAGACCACUGGUCCAUCUACCUCAGGAGACAUUGAGAGGAAGAGGCUCUCAAAGCAGGAGUCUUCCCCACCUCGGCUUGCAGACAUCAACAAUUGAACCUAUGCCUUUCUCCCAUGCAAAACGUGUGCUCUGCCACUGAGUGAAUAGGUAUUCAAUUAUGUUUUACUCAAUUUACUCAACGAAAUUGCAAAUGCUUGUAUGUAUUACCAUGUGUUUAAAUUUGAUUGGUUGGUAAAUGAAUUCCAGAGAGUUCUUUAGCAAUUCUCAUGUGAUUGGCUAAUGUUGGUCACAUGGGAGGUGCGAAGGAGAGACUUCAUUUUAUGUGAAGCAAGAUGGCUGUGUUUUAGAAUCCACUGUGAACACUGCUAAGUUGAACAGAGUGUCAGAGUGCUUCUUCUCUGCUUGGAAGAAAGAGAGCAAAGCUGGAGGAGAAGAUAAAAGUGGAAAUCUCUCAUAGGAGCUGCAAGGCACGGCCUUUCUGAGAUACAGAAGGCUGAAAGUGCUGAGCUCUGGAAACAGGAAAAUACAGUUGUUUGGAAGUUAGAAGAAGAAAUUAUAAGCUCAUGCUUGGAGAAGCAUAUGACUGUAAAUAUUAUGUUUUAAUUCUUCCAUAACUGUAAUUUUCUGCAAGUAAAGUUUUUGAAUGUUAAAGUCUGGACAUUGGCUUAAUGUCCAAAAGAAGGGUUUCAGUCAUUUGAGCUUCUUAGCUGCGAUUUUGCUACUCUGACUUCAACAUUGACAUGAACGGACAUGAUGACAUUUGACCCAUUAAUUUCAGUGGGUCUGCUCCUACUAAAGCUUAGUUGAAUACCACCCUGAGUUCCAAUGUUGUGAUUUCUAAGAACAUAAGAAAAGCCCUGCUUGUUCAGGCCCUUCUUGUCCAGUCCACUGUGCUCACAGUGGCCAACCAGUUGCCUCUGGGAAGCCCAAAAGCGGGAACUGAGUGCCUUUCCCCUCCUCCUCCCAUGGUGUCCAGGAACUGGGAUUCAGAAACAUUACUGUCUCUGACAGUUGAGGUAGAACAAAGCCAUCAGGGUUAGCAGCCAUUGAAACCCUUUUCCUCCAUCAAUUUGUCAAAUUGUGCCAUCCCCAAAUCUUCUCUGGGGGGAUGGGGGAAAACCCAGAACAGAUUUAGGUGCCAGGCAGGGACAGCAGAGGGUGAGAUUAUUCCAUUCCUCAAGAGAAAAUCUGCUUAGCACCACAGUGAGUGCAACCCAUUGAAAUUAAGAAACCUGAGUGAGUCAUGUCCAUUCAUUUCAAUGGGUCUACUCUAUGGGAGCAAGAAGGCAGUGAUUUCUAUUCCAAUCUGUCUUCAUCACAAUCAGCACUCUUUCCGUUCUGCUGCAGUUCGGUGCCUGCUGAAUAUUAUGUUUUCCAUCACUGUCUGCUAUUUAACCUAAAAUGAGUACUGUACCAUACAUAAGUUAUGCAUAUAUCGUAAUGAUAUAUGCCUUUCGUCUUAAUGUCUAUGGCCUCUAUUUCAGUGCAAUGGAAAUGUCAUUUAAAUUGGGGGUGGGGAGUAAUCCAUUGUGCAUCAUUUUUGGACUGAAAACAACCACAACCGUGUAUGACAAUCAUUAAUUGCUGGACUGAUUUCUAUUUCAGAAAUGGGAUGAAUAAGUGAACACUGGCAGUGUCCACUUUUGCUUCCAUCAGAAUUCUCCAACAUCCCUAACCAACUCUGAGUAGGGCUAACAUUGAAUAAAGUACCGGUAAUAUAUUUCUGUUGGUGCAACCUAGAAUUGCAUGAGCCCCUUUCCCACUGCUAAUUCACACUUGGCUUGUGGUCUACCAAAACCCCUGUAUUCUUUUUCACAAAUACUGCUGUGAAGCCAAGCUUCAACCAUCCUAUAUUUGUACAUCUAAUUCCUCAGCACCACCACACACCCACCUAAAUGCAAAACUUAACAUUUGCCUCUGCUGAAAUUCAUUUCUCUUAGCUUUUGGCCCAGUUUCUCAACCUGUCAAGAUCAUCUUGAAUCCUGUUUCUGUCUUCUAAGAUACUAAAAACCCACAACACAUCAUUUUCAAUCACAAGUAGAUGUGAUAGGAAAAUAUCUCGCAGCGGCAGGAAGAUAGUUAUUUUCAUAUACACGAUGUGUUACAUAAAGCCGCGAUCAUGGUGAGGGUUGUGAGGGUAGAAGGAGGGGAUUGAUAUUCUUUGUGCUUAUUUUAUUGAUUUUUUAUUUUUAAAAUUUAUGUCCUGCCCUUCCUUCCAACGGAGCCCAGGGCAGAAAACAAAAAAAAUGAUGAAACUAUUAAAACAUAUUAAAUACAAUUCCAGUUUAUGUUCACCAUUGGUUCUCUACCCCCCCUCCAAAAAAAGGCUGUUUGAAAGAGGAAGGUCUUCAGUAGGCACCAGGAAAAUAACAGGGACUGUGCCUUGUUAGAAUUCCUGCUCCAUGAUUGUAGUCAUGGGAUUUUUGUCUGUCACAUGAAGGUGUAUGUUUUGACUCCACAAAGUGGGAAGUGACAGAGACAGGAUGUUUGUGUUACUGUGUUCCGUGAAGUGGGACUAUUGUCCUUUGUUCUUGUUUUCCCUUUGCUGUCUGAUGCUAGAGAGAGAGGGAGCCAUGUUGCAGUGCUCCGUGUGUGUUUAUAUGUAAAUAAAGUAGAUUAGCCAAAAUGCUGAGUUGCUGAGGUCUGUCACAUGAAAUGCGCAAACUCUGCGGAUCCCUAAGUGUGCUGGUGUCUGUUGGCAUCGGUUGCUGUGAUGUUCGGGCUGAAGAAAGCUUUUGAAUCUCCCGAACGAUUGACCAGGAGGGAGAGAACAUGCCAGUCGGGCAUGUGUCUCUGCCAGGGUCUUAUUCAAAUGUAGGCUGAACUCCUAACAUGCCUGUCUAAUAUUCAAGGGGAGGAAAUUCCAAAAGGUAGAGGCCACCCCACUCAAGGCCUGCUUCCUACAUUGUGGAUCUCCUGGCAGAGUGCAGCAUUCGACCGGGUGCAUAAGGAGUGAGGAUCUUUCAGGCUUCCUGGUUCCAAGCUGUAUAGGGCUUUAUCUGCAAAAAUCCCAGCACUUUAAUCAUAGCCCAGGAGCUAAUUGGCUACAAUUACAAAUCCUCCAGCAUUUCUCCGAUAAAAAUAGAGAUGUCCUAUUCCAUCACCAUCACCACCACCAUCAACAUCAUUUUUUAAAUUUAUACCCUGCACAUCUGAUUGAGUUGUCCUAGCCACUCUGAGCAACUUCCAACAUAUACAGUGGUACCUCGGGUUACAGACGCUUCAGGUUACAGGCGCUUCAGGUUACAGACUCCGCUAACCCAGAAAUAGUACCUCGGGAUAAGAACUUUGCUUCAGGAUGAGAACAGAAAUCGUGUGGCAGUGGCAGAGGGAGGCCCCAUUACCUAAAGUGGUACCUCAGGUUAAGAACAGUUUCAGGUUAAGAACGGACCUCCAGAACGAAAUAAGUUCUUAACCCGAGGUACCACUGUAUAAUAAAAUUACACAGGGCUGCUUUCAGGUGUCUUUUAAAGGUUGUAUAGUUACUUAUCUCUUUUUCUCGGGUGUCACAUAACUCCAUACCCUCCAACAUUUCUCCGAUGAAAAUAGGAACAUCCUAAGGAAAAGUGGGACAUUCCAGGAUCAAAUCAGAAACUGGGACGGCUUCUGUAAAUCCGGGACUGUCCCUGGAAAAUAGGGACACUUGGAGCGUCUGGAUGUGUAUUCAGCAUAUGCAGCGCUGUAUCUGCUCUGCUGCAGUUCGGCUUCUGGCAAAAACAAUUAGCUACCAGGCGUAUCUAUCACCACCUUGUGGGCAUGUCCACAGUCAUUUUAAAACAGGUACAGCUCUAAUUCUGAAUGCACCCUUCGCAGUUGAGACACAAUACAUAAGGAUUCUUUAGUUGGAUGCAUGUAUCCCCAUGUAUGAGGCUGGCAGGUAGGAUUGAAACUGCACCCUCCACUUAUGGGGAAUAACUGUCCCACCUCUGGACUGCCUCAUUGCACAAUCAUGGAUAAGUAGAUGCCAUGUGUGAAAGAAAUCGGCUCUGUUAAGCUCAAUUCACACUUGUUCAGUUCUGAGAUUUAAUGUAGGAUAAAAUUAGGGACAUUUAGGUUUGCACCUGUCUGUUGUUCAGAUGUGCCCAGCCCUGCCCCCUCCAUUUCUGAGUUAACGUGUGAGAUGGCAUCUGAUCCACUGUUCAUUUGCUCAUUCAGUUUCCGGUGUCUAAGUAUCUGCUUUGUUACGGGUGAAUAAAACAGAAUUUCAAAGAGGUGAUCAUACCAGGACAUGAACUAACCCACCUUGUGAAGAGCAGGUAUUUUAAGAAUUACUUCUUUCACAAAAUUCCACAAGAUACGAAAGUGUGUCGCGGCAGGAAGUUAUGGGAAGGACAAGCGGAUCCUUGUUGCGGUUGAAAAAGUCGCAGAUUUCGAAUAUGAUCGAAGGAAAUGCCCUUUCGCUUCAUGUGUAAUGAAACAGCAGAAUGUGUUUCCAUGGUGAAACAAAAGCUAACAACGCUGUCAAAUUCCAGCAGGGAUUGGUGAUCCAUAUUAGUGAGGGGAGGGGGGGGCAGGGACACAAAUGUAUCUGUCCAGAACCAAGCCGUGUAAUGAUGCACUUUGGGAAGGAAUUAAGAAUUCUCCUGCUUCAGAGCUAAAACCUCUGACUGAAUAUGGAUUAUGGUGAGGUUUUAAAAGAGUAGAUUAUCUCACAUCUGCCUGUCCUGAGGUUCUUGCAUGUCGGUGGAAGCAUCUGGUGAUGGUCAUUGACAGAUAAGGGAAUUGAAUUAUAUUGGCUACAGGUCUAGCCCAGUGCAUAGAAUCAUAGAGUUGGAAGGGAUCUCCAAAGGUCAUUCAGUCCUACCCCCUGCAAUGCAGGAAUCUCAACUAAAGCAUCCAUGACAGAUGACCCUCCAACCUCCCUUUAAAAACCUCCAAAGGAGAGCCCACCACUUUCUGAGGGAGUCAAUUCUACUGCCAAACAGCUCUGACUUCUAACCAUCAGAAAGUCCUUCCUGAUCUUUAAUUGGAAUCUCCUUUCUUCUAACUUGAAGCCAUUGGUUCGAGUCCUACCCUCCAGAGCAGGAGAAAACAAACUUGCUCCAUCUUCCAUGUCACAGUCAUUUAGAUAUGUGGAAAUGGCUAUCAUGUAUGCACUUAAUUCUUUUUUCUCCUCCAGUCUAUCCCCCAGUCUCCUUGGUAAAUGCAGGUAUGGAUUAUACACCAAAUACCCUCUCAAUAAAUGAUGCAUGGUAAUCUGCGGCCUACAAUUCCCAUUAGGGUUUGUCCAUAAUAUGCAUUUAAGAGAGUGUACUCACUUGCAUGAUAGUGUACAUUCAGUGUACUGUUGUACACUGUUGUAUGUAGGGUAUCAUUUCUAUACUGUUCCUGUCCUACACUAUUUGCCAAUCAGAAUGUCUUCAAAAGUUGGGUUACAAAUCGAAUAAAUUUGGUGCAAAUGGAUAGCAUUCAUAAUUUGAUCUGGAUCUGAUUUUUUUUUGGCCCACAGAUCCAGUAUAUAAUGUUUGGGUAGCUUUGAUUACAUGCACAAAUCUCCUUAACUGAAAUGGGGCACCAGAACUUCUAAAAGCAGCUUUACUUCUCAAUGCACCAGUUGCAAUACUAUAUGUGUAUCUCGUAGGUGAUUUGCAGCCAUUCAGAAGAGUACAACAGCCGCCAAGAGCUCUGCAAUGGCACCAACGAAGGUCCUGUGCUUCGAAAUCCUGGGAACCACGACAAAGGGAGAACUCCCAGGCUUCCAUCUUCAGAAGAGGUCGAGUUCUGCUUAAGCCUGACCCAAUAUGAAGCAGGGACCAUGGACAAAAUGGCCAAUUUCAGCUUCAGGAAUACUUUGGAAGGUAAACCAUUUUUGUUUCUCCUUCCUGUUGUGUGACAGUUGUGUGCACAAAUAUUACACCUGCCCCCAAAUAAAGCUUUCAAGGUUGACUUCAGAGGAGCUCUUCUUUUUCAGGAAGGGAAUUUCCUGAUUAAGUGCAAGAUCCUUGUGUGAAAGAAUAGACUUUAGGGCAUUUUGUGUCAGGGUUUUGUUUGUAAAAUGGCUGGUUUUGGUGCGCAGAAGGCACAAGUAUCCCGGAAGCUUCAAAGCAGAAGGGUAUGCUUUGCUCAGGAAGUAGUUCAGAAGAAGGUCAAAGGUCCAUCCUAGGAACCUGACUGUUAAGGAGCAAUAAAAACCUAACUCUACCCUUUUCCUGACUGGCUAAAGUUUGGGAUGGAGAUUGUUUAAGCUAGUAAGUAAGUGCCUAAUGACAAGGUUGUAUAGUCAGAAACUUGAAGUGUUGGAGUUGGAAAUCUGCCAGAGAGAAAAGGGGCUGACAUACUUUAGAAGAACAGAAAUACUGGGAAGUGUGAGAGAAUUGCUGGACACUGCAGGAGGAAGAAACCAGGAGAGGACCAUGGAUCCAGAAGCUGAACUGAUGGAUGGAAAUUGAUAAUUGGCUUGGUUAAGGCAGCAGCAUAGAAGAGGUAUAGCAGAAUGCGUUUUUCACUGUUUAGUUUUUCAAUUCAAUCUCAUGGGUAAUUACUCAAACUGUAAAAUUGACUUCCCUUCCUAAAACUAUUGUGUUUUAUAUAUAUGUGUGUAUAUAUAUAUAUAUAUAUAUAUAUAUAUAUAUAUAUAUAUAUUAGUUUUUUAACAUAUCAUUUUCAAGAGUAAUUAAACAUACUUUUACAUCUUAUUCACUUUUUUUGACUUCCAUCAGUCCUGUCUGAAAAUUUCCCAGUCUAAUCUCUUAGCAUGCAUUUCUUAUUUUCCCUAUUACAUUUCAAUCUCAUAACCAAUAUCUCUAUCUUUUUCUACUUUGUAACACUUCGUAUAUUUCUCCUUACAAAACUUCUUGUAGUCCUACUAGCGUAAUUUGUUGAUUACCAGUUGCUCUUCAAAUAAUUCAUAUACUCCUUCCAAUCUUCUGUAAAUCUCUGGUCCCACAGGUUUCAAAUCCUUCCUGUCAUUUUGUCCUAUUCUGUUCCUAAAACUAUUGUAUCAAAAAAAUGUUAUCUUAUUAAAUCCUCCAGUAAAAGCUUAUUUUUGGUGGGGGGCGUGGAGGGAGGGAAUUCUUCUGAAGCUGUUUUAUUCACUCCACACCUACGUGCUGUACUACUCUACCUAGUAUUGGGAGUAGGUUGGGCCAGUUGAAAUCCAGAUUGAUUAAGGGUUGUUUAGCGGAGGCAGCCAGAGAAAACUAAGAGAUGGCAGUGGUGAAGUUAAGAGGAAAAACAGGGGGUUGGUUUGUCUGGCGUGCUUGCCUCCCAUCCUUCCCACAAUGCAAGCUAAAGCCCAUGCCAUGGGCAAAUAGAGCUGGUGUAAAGAUCCUGGCUUGCUCUGGAAACCAUUUCUGACAAAAUGCAAAAUGACUGUUAAGUAGAAACAUCUUGGUUGAAUGAAGCUACACUGUGACGGAGGAGCAAAAGGGUUGUAUACACGGGCAAAAGGCUUGCUUGUGUCUUGGCUGAUUAAGAUAUAUCAUUUUUUAAAAUGUAGUAUAAACACCACAAUUGGGGGGAAAUGUAGUAUAAACACCACAAUUGGGAAACACUGGCCUGCGAGCGCUCCAGUUGGAAAACAGCCUUUACCAAAGGUGUCAUGGGCUUUGAAGACCCUCAAACUCGGGAUGCAAGGGAGAAACGUGCUAAGAGGAAGGCAUACUUGGCAAAUCCACACCGUGAUCAACUCCCGCCUGGAAACCAAUGUCCCCACUUUGGAAGGACGUGUGGUUCCAGAAUUGGCCUCAACAGUCACUUAGGGACUCAUUGUUAAAACUGUGUUUAUGGAAGACAAUCUUACUCGACAAGGAAUGAUCGCCAAAGAAGAAGAUGUGAAAACCUUCCACUUAUGGAUCUCUGGAUCCAACCCAAUGCGUCCUGGUAAUUAAUUGUACAAGGAAGCCUGUAAACCAGAAACAUAUUGCUCUGAUUUCAUGGGGUGUAAUUGCCCAAAUAACCAAUGCCACGGUUCCUCCUGCACGAAUUGAAACAUCUUCAUGCAGCUGCAUAAGAGGCCGUAGAUCAUGACCAAGCAGUAGCCAUGUAAGAAUCACAAUUGGCAAGAAUGUAUUCAGAGGCUGAGAUUCAAAAUGCUACUUCAGGUAUGCCUAACGCUUUGAGUACUCUCAGCUGGAUUCUGGGCCUUCCUUAGUUCUAACGCCUCUUAACAACAGGGAUUAUUCAUGCCUUAUGAAAAUGCCCUUAGAGUCCAAAAACGUGACGUCAUAGGUGGCUUGAGGUGGGCGUGAAUGGGCCCUGUUCAAGAAACAUAAACUGUUUUCUAAUCUUAGCCUUAGAAUUUCAGGACUACAUCAGGGAGUAACUGCAUCCAGUAUAUUCUCAAGGGUGUGUGUGUGUGUGUUGAUCACAAGAACAUAUGUUUGAUGCUGCUGUUUCACAUCCCAAUACCCAAGCUGUCGUUAGUGCUGCUAGCAUUACAGCAGUCUUAUUGUUGGCACCCGUCUGUCUCGAGAGACUGAAGUGUGCCACCACUGGUCCGAUGGUCAAACCAUUGUGUUUGCAACAUUGAUGUGACCUCCCCUGUGCUCAAGCCUGGACAGUGUGUACGGAGGUCCUGGGCUGCCAAGACGACAAUACGCCACUCUCAUCCUCACUCAUGUGGUCCAAAGGAAAGCAGAGCAAUGUGUCUGGCACCAGCUUAGCUGCAGGAGCUGCCAGAAAGAAGCGUACAAGGCAGCAUUCAACUGCCUUAGGGACCCCGCUCUGGAUUUGUGUAGGGUUUACUCCUUAGCUCUUUCUUCUCCCAUAGAUAUGCUUCAAGGUAGUGGAGGUUUAGGAUAAGAGUUUUCCUUCUCCUAGGUGGGCUUCCUUCCCAGGUUGAUGAGCCCCGUCUACCCCUCACUUCCCUCUACAACAAGUGCAGAAACUACUUUCUUGAGCCUGUGGGAAUGUUGAUGGAGGUAGGAGAGGAUAUAUUGAUUAAAUAUUAUCCCUCCUCACUCACGCUAGUGAGCAAGCAGCAGAGCACAUUGAUAGAUUCAUUAGAAUCAUUUAAAUUAAGCAACCCAGUCUGGAUUGGUCCUGGUAAGUUUCCCCUUUUAUUCCCCUCUUAAAAUAAUAAUAAUAACACAACAGUCUUCUUUAAAAGUAAGAGUAAAGUUUACUUACAUUCAGUUCACAGCAGUAAUCUGAAGGCAGGCUUUAUCUUGUGGUUACAGUUACAUUUGCAGAGAAAAGAAUCAUAGAAUCAUAGAAUCAUAGAAUCAUAGAGUUGGAGGAGACCACAAGGGCCAUCGAGUCCAACCCCCUGCCAAGCAGGAAACACCAUCAGAGCACUCCUGACAUAUGGUUGUCAAGCCUCUGCUUAAAGACCUCCAAAGAAGGAGACUCCACCACACUCCUUGGCAGCAAAUUCCACUGUCGAACAGCUCUUACUGUCAGGAAGUUCUUCCUAAUGUUUAGGUGGAAUCUUCUUUCUUGUAGUUUGGAUCCAUUGCUCCGUGUCCGCUUCUCUGGAGCAGCAGAAAACAACCUUUCUCCCUCCUCUAUGUGACAUCCUUUUAUAUAUUUGAACAUGGCUAUCAUAUCACCCCUUAACCUCCUCUUCUCCAGGCUAAACAUGCCCAGCUCUCUUAGCCGUUCCUCAUAAGGCAUCGUUUCCAGGCCUUUGACCAUUUUGGUUGCCCUCCUCUGGACACGUUCCAGUUUGUCAGUGUCCUUCUUGAACUGUGGUGCCCAGAACUGGACACAGUACUCCAGGUGAGGUCUGACCAGAGCAGAAUACAGUGGCACUAUUACUUCCCUUGAUCUAGAUGCUAUACUCCUAUUGAUGCAGCCCAGAAUUGCAUUGGCUUUUUUAGCUGAGAAGUUUGAGCUAUGCCUCGGACUUUCUACUUUGUGGCUUCCAUCCUCUGUAAAGAUGAGCCAUGUGCUGGAUAAGAGCCAGAAGAGGACUCCGAAAGGAGUAAAGGGAAAAAGGGAAGAUGACUGCGUGGCUUUCCCUUUCACAGGGUCUGCUAGGGUCACACCCAUCUACCUGGUCAUACACAAGGGGAGGAGGCUCCAGAAAAGGUAUGACAGGAAGUCCUCCCUGUCUGGAGACACAUUCCCCUGUGUGUCCACUCUAGGCAUCAGGAAUAUGUUGUACUUGACUGCUUCUGUGAUGAUACAGCCCACAGAUCAUUGGAUACAGUGGUGUAAUUGCAGCAUUAUAGAUUUGUCUCCUGUUGCUCCAUGUAGGACCUGAAUCAAUGGAUUGGACUACACAUUAGGAGGAAUUUCCUGAACGUUUGAGCUGUUUGAUUCUAUUGUAUGCCUCUAUGAUGGAUUUUUCAUGGAUUUUUCAUAUUGAUGUUUGUGCUGAGACAAACUGUAGACACAUGUGCAAGAUCGCCAUUCUUUUCAAAACAUACACAAUUGUGAAAGUGCAUCUUGGCAAUCUGAUGGGUAAGGAUGCAACCAGGGUGUGGGAACUAUGAUGGCUGUGCUUCCAGUUGUUGGCAGAUGCCACUGUAAUCCUUUCCCUCCUUACAAAGCUCCAGGGUGAGGGCAGGAAGCCUUGACCAUCACUGCUGAUGUCAUGUGAUACCAUCAUGAAGCCAAACCAGAGUGAGGACAGUACUUCUUACCUUCACUCUGGAGGAGUGUGGAGAGAAAAUAAAGGCAUGUGCCAGCAGCUGUGGGCUCCCACUCUCAACCAGGCUGCGAAAGAGUUGCCAGAAUUGGUGGGAAAGGUGUGUUGGAACAACUUCAUGAAAAUGUUUGCUCACCUUCCCAGAGCUGAAAGGAAAAAGUCCAGCAAAGAUCUGCAGCUUAUGCAUGUUCAGGCCUGUACAACCUGCAGCUAAGCUGAAUGGAACUGACUGCCUGUGUAUGAAAGCCUACCCAGAAAUGGACUGAUUUAGUAUUUCUCACAUCUGGGACUUCAAAAAUGGUGGGUUGUGGAGUACUUCUAAAUCAUGAUGGGGCUGGCGGGCUUCAUUUACCCCAGUGGUUCACAAGAUGUGUUGGUCUGAUUUAUGGUCUCUCUGCACGUGAGUGCAUAUUUAUUGCACAAUCUACUUCAACAUGUUUUUGGCAUUGCUUGCCAAAUAUUGAUCACGCUGCCCGUCUUUUGCCAAUGUGACAUCUCCACCCUAUGAACACCUUGAAAUAUUAGCUUAUGGAGCAGUCCCAUCUCAUAUGCUUUACUGGGAUACUGCUAUUUAUACCCUUCAUUUUCCAUUUAUGCCCCAAUAUUUUUAAGUUUUCUUAAAAAAAAAAGCUGGCAAUAAUUCUAAACUUCUUGGAUCCAUCUCAGUUUGUUAUAUGACUGUACAAUUUAUGCUUAUAAUUUGUCUCCCACAAGGCAUGGUAGGGUCUGCCCAUAGGUGUAAACAUAAAUAAUCUUACCCCUUCAUUAUAGAUCAUCAAAUUUUUACUCCUUUCCCCCCCCAGUUACAUGCUUAGAUUCAAAUCCAGGUGAAGUUAAAUGCUUUCAAGGGCACCUCAAAACCCCCAGCAAUGUUACCGGGGCAGCAAGUACAAAAGGAAAUACCUUAUAUUCCCUGUUGAGAUUAUUAGGGAUGGGAAAGAAACUCAAAUUUUGCAUGCAUUUUAAUAAGAUACUACCUAAUUUUCACUUUUUGAACCAAAACGUAAGCCAGAAAGAUUAUUCUUUGAAAGCCAGUUUUCCCCCCCAAAUUUUGCAAUGCAGUUGCCCAACCAAGCAACGGGUACGAAAAUGGAUACAACAGGGCAAAGUGUACGUAAAAAUGCACAGAAUAAGAGAAAGUGUGUAUAAAAGGGCACGCUUAUAAAAGGGGAAAGUGUGCAAAACAAUACAUACAUUAGUGAAAGCAACAUACCCAAAUGCUGAUCUUUGUUCCAAAGCAAGCCAAACUCUGGGCAAGAGUUUUAACCCCUGGAAUCUCUCACCACUCAGUGGGGUGCGGCAAUAAUAAUUACAAACUGAUGUGGAAAAGUGGAGAAGUGAAUUUAAAACUGGAAAAACGAGAACUAGAGAGGCACCGAAACAACAGAUUCAUCCAUCCAUAGCUGGAUGGGGAAGGGUUAACUUGAUUGUGGUAACCUGCACAGGAACCUUAUGGUGAAGAUACACUACCAAAUGUCAUAAAUCUCAAAUACAGCAUUUGCCCAGGCUGAAGGAAUAAUAGUUCAUAUUUUUAAUGGACAAAAAUGACCCAAAUGCAAAUUUGAAAAUGUCAACAAUUUAGCUGAAUAUUUGUUAGAAAGGCUGGCUACUAGAAAUAAAAUAGGGUACACUUGUUUUAAAAUACGAGCAUUUUUGAUAACAGAAUAAGAAUAACUACUACUUGUUUCUAUUUUCCCAUAUAAAAUCCCUGUGCAAAGCUGCUAUUUGUCUAGUGAAGUGGAAAAAGUCAGACAUCUUAUGGUUGGGAUAUGUGCACAUUUAAAGCAAUUCCUUCAGACAUCAUGGACUCAAAACACCUCUCCUUUUUUGACAUUGAAAUGAAACUCGCAGCCUCUCUGCUUCCGUGUAGCUCAUUUUCCAAAAGCACUCUCCCCUGUAGUGAGAUCGGUGAAUUAUCCCGUUCUUGAAAUCCAUCGAAACCUAAAGCUUUCUAGGUUGUGUGGCACAGACAACAGGCGGAGGCGAAUGCCCCAGUAUGAAAAGAGAACUUACAAUCUGUCUCUGCCGGCACUUAAGUAAUAGGGCUUAUAAUAUAUAACAUCAACAUGUGCAGCAGAUAAUGGAAAACAGAUUUGACCCACUGCCUUGGAGUCAGGGAUUUAGGCUGUGGCAAGGCAAUAAUUGCAUUUAAAACUUUUGUUUUUGUGGAGGAGCAGAGACAUUUAUUUUCGUGCCAGCUUUCCAUUACCCCUUAAGUUUUCUGAUCCUCUUAAGAGAUUUAUCUCCCAAGGAUUGAAACCCAUCUCUCGUUGCAGCGCAAGCCGAAAGGUGUAUAAGCUACAGCGAUUUUCUGCUUGGUAAACUGGAGGGUGCUAUUGUUAUGCUUUGAGGCCUACCAAACGUUGGGAAUCUGUGUGGGUAUGUAGCUAUAAAUGAGAGCUGUAGCUGAAGGUUCAAGAGACCUCAGUUGUGGACUUUGGGCUUUAAAAUUUCAGCAGCACCUUGUGCGCAGGGGCGUAGGAAGGGGGUGCAGGGGUGUGGGCCUCCCGGGUGUCAUCAUCAUCAUCAUCAUUUAUUUAUAUCCCGCCCAUCUGGCUGGGUUUCCCCAGCCACUCUGGGCGGCUUCCAACAGAACUCUAAAAUACAAUAACCUAUUAAACAUUAAAAGCUUCCCUAAACAGGGCUGCCUUCAGAUGUCUUCUAAAAGUUUGGUAGUUAUUUUUCUCUCUCUUUUUUUUUUAUAAGAUAUUUAUUGAGAUUUUCCAAAUGUUACAAUAUAAAAAUGACAAAAAGGGGGGAAAAAGAAAAAAUACAAAAUACAAAAUAAAAAUGAUUAAAAACCACUCAAUUUUUCCAUUACUUAUUUUUCCUUAGCUUGUUUCCCAGACCUCCUCAUACCUCCCUUUUUGUAUUCCAGUUCAAUUUGUUGGUUCAGCAAAUCCUUACCCUCUUUGUUUAUCCUAAUCUUUGGUCUUAAAAUAGUAACAUUAGAUUUUUACCUAUUAACAACCCAUUUUUCAUAUUCCCUUAAAGCAUUACAGCUGGAAACCACUUAAUUUCUAUCCAACAUCAUUCUAACAUUCAUUAAUUUUACAAUAUUUCUGUAGGUAGUCUUUGAAUUUCUUCCAAGCUUCUUCCACCGACUCUUCUCCCUGGUCUCGGAUUCUGCCAGUCAUUUCUGCCAGUUCCAUAUAGUCCAUCAGCUUCAUCUGCCAUUCUUCCAGAGUGGGUAGAUCUUGUGUCUUCCAAUACUUUGCAAUGAGUAUUCUUGCUGCUGUUGUGGCGUACAUAAAAAAAGUUCUGUCCUUCUUUGGCACCAAUUGGCCGACUAUGCCUAGGAGAAAGGCCUCUGGUUUCUUCAAAAAGGUAUAUUUAAAUACCUUUUCAAUUCAUUAUAUAUCAUCUCCCAGAAAGCCUUAAUCCUUGGGCACGUCCACCAAAGGUGAAAGAAUGUACCUUCAGUUUCUUUACAUUUCCAGCAUUUAUUAUCGGGCAAAUGAUAAAUUUUUGCAAGCUUGACUGGGGUCAUGUACCACCUGUAUAUCAUUUUCAUAAUAUUCUAUCUUAAGGCAUUACAUGCUGUAAACUUCAUACCUGUGGUCCAUAACUGUUCCCAGUCAGCCAUCAUUAUGUUAUGUCCAACAUCUUGUGCCCAUUUAAUCAUAGCAGGUUUCACCGUUUCAUCCUGAGUAUUCCAUUUCAACAGCAAGUUAUACAUUUUUGACAAAAUCUUAGUUUUGGGUUCUAACAGUUCUGUUUCUAAUUUUGAUUUUUCCACCUGGAAGCCAAUUUUCUUGUCCAAAUUGUAUGCCUCCAUUAUCUGAUAAUAAUGAAGCCAGUCUCGCACUUUGUUUUUAAUUUCUCAAAACUCUGCAAUUUCAGUCUAUCUCCAUCUUGUUCCAGAAUUUCCCAAUAUUUCAGCCAUUUGGCCUCCAUAUUGAGCUUUUUCAGAGCUUUUGCUUCCAUCGGUGACAACCACCUUGGGGUUUUAUUUUCCAAUAAGUCCUUGUAUCUUAUCCAGACAUUAAACAAUGCUUUCCUGACAAUAUGUUUUUUAAAUGCUUUAUGUGCUUUGACCUUAUCAUACCACAGAUAUGCAUGCCAUCCAAAUACAUUGUUAAAACCUUCUAGAUCCAAAAUGUCAGUAGUUAUUGUUCUGUUUGACAUCUGGUGGGAGGGCGUUCCACAGGGCGGGUGCCACUACCAAGAAGGCCCUCUGCCUGGUUCCCUGUAACUUGGCUUCUCAUAGCGAGGGAACCGCCAGAAGGCCCUCAGCGCUGGACCUCAGUGUCUGGACAGAACAGUGAGGGGCUGACAAAAUGACAAAAAUAUGAGGGUUUUUUUUUUAAAAAAAAAUUGGGCUCAUGAAACUUUUUAGUUCAGUCCAGAAAUGUAACGUAAAGCAGCUGGCGCUAGGUGCCUGCCUACCGCCUCUUCCUCAACCGCCCUACAGCUGGGGCGGGGAGGCUGCAGAGAGGCUCCACGCAGCCCCCCUGCCUUGGAUCGCCCCUUCCCCUUCUUUCUCUGGCUUCACCCCCCUUCGUCCCUCCCUCUCGCCUGCCUCCCGUCUUCACGUUGCUUCCAUCUUCCCCCUAGUCGCCCUCCUUCCUUUGCUCUUGGAUUUCUCCCCACUCCCUUCUCCGCUCCCCACCCCACAUCUCUCUCUUUUUUAUUUUAUUUAUUGAUACAGCAAGAAAAGGAGAAAGAGAAAACACAAAUACCAAAUUACACACAGGAAUAACCAUAGACACAUAAUUUUCUUAACAAACGAUAAAACAUAAAUUGGUCUUCACACUAAAAACCCAACCUCCCGUCUAUUUCAUAUUUCGAUUUCAUAUUACUUAUUGCCAAUACACACUUUUAUCAUAAUUACUGUAUUUUUUGCUCCAUAAGACACACCUGACCAUAAAACACACCUAGUUUUAAGAGGGGGAAUGCAAGAAAAAAAAUCUUUAAAGGAGUGCUAAGCAGAGCCAGUAGCACUCCCUUUCACGAGCCGCGAGGAGCGUGUGUGCAGCGCUUGCAGGCUUUUCCAUCACUGACAGGCUGCCCUUCUCCCUCCUCGGGGAAAAGCCCCCAAGAGCCGCACACACGCUCCACGCGGCUCUUUAAAGGAAGCGCAGCUCUUGGGGGCUUUUCCAGGAGGUGGGGGAAGGGACUGAGGGGCUAAGCCAGAAGCUAGAACAGCAGAGGAGCGCUGCGCAGCGCUCCCUCUUGCUGUUCUAGCUUCUAGCUUAGCCGUGCAAAGCCUCCUCAUGGUAGUGUGAUGAAGGCUCCCCAUGUCCUGAAGAGGCUUUGCACGGCUAAGCUAGAAGCUAGAACAGCAAGAGGGAGCGCUGCGCAGCCUGCAUUCGCUCCAUAAGAUGCACACACAUUUCACCUUACUUUUUUAGAGCGAAAAAUAUGGUAAACUUUUUCUUCAUAUAUCUUAAUUCUUAUAUCUACCUUGCAACUAUUACUGAAGUUCUUCUCUCCCCUCGCCCAUCCCACCCCCUCUUUUCUCUGCGGCGUGCCCCAUCUGGUUUGCAGCACACCAUUGUCCCUCACUCCCGGGCUGCUUCCUCGGGGGGGGGGGGAGCCUCCCCCAAGCUGUCAAAAGGAAGAAGGAAGGGGGGAAGGUGCUGGCAAAGCGGUGCAGUUCCCUGCCCCCUGCCCAGGAAGCAGCCCACCAUGGGUGGCUCGCUCCGCCCCCCAUUAGCAGCUCGCUCUGCCCCCACAGGCGGCUCACCCCCUGGGACGCUCACCCUGCCCCCAUGGCCCUUCCCCCAGGUGCACAGCUUGUGCGCCGCUCCAGGUGCCAGAGCAGCUAGCUCCACCUCUGGGCUGAGCACCCACAACAACAAAAAUGUGGGUGCCCGGGCCCCCAGGUUCCCCUGGAGUUGGUGCCCCUUCCCUCUGGGAGGUGAUAUGUAUUGGACCCAGAGGCAGAGGAAAUGCGUACGCUCAGCAAGAGAGGAGGCAGGCAGGCACCUCUAAGCUCGCCUCUCUGCUUCUAGCUAAGACAUUCUUCAAAUUGCACGGUCUCUUUAUGCAUCCCCCAAAUGAAGCCUAUUUUUAAGCACCUCAGCCUCCAUCAGUGUCCUCCUCAAACCUUCACACGGCGCAGUUAGUUGUACAGCCUGCUGUCUUAGCUCUGCCUGACUGCAUGCUAUUAGAGACAUCGACUGCUCCAGGCCCUUCAGCGCUUGCAAAGAGACGCCUACCUUCUGCCUGUCAUGGCUCAGCACAAAUCUAUCUCAAGUGCUGUCAGGCCUCCCGCUCUAUCCUCAGUGUGCUACCUGAGAAAUCCAACUUUAAGGUAACCUUUAAACCUUCUACUUUUUCUUCUUCAGCCCAAACACUUCAUCCCCUUCCAGGGCCCACAUGCCAAAGGUGAAAGUGGGUGGACGACGAAUGCAGAACUUCCCCUUCGUACAGCAGGCUAGGUUUUUAAAAUAUGUAUUCUUUUCCGAUUUUAACAGAACCACAAAAGAAAAACCAUGAAAUAGCAGGAUCCCACCCUCAGAGAGGCAAAUCUCGCUACAUCGUGCUGCCAGUUGUGUGGCAACAUUUAAUUGCAGUAUACAAUCAUCCCAGCCAGAGAAUUCUUUAAAGGGGACCUGCCUUUUCCUCUGCUGCUGUGUACUUAAUAAAAGGGUGCCAAUCUAUUGAAAAAGUGUCCUUCAAUUUCAGGCCCUUUGCUAUUUUUAUUUGAUCGGUUAGCUUCUCCGUUAACACUAGUUUCCAGGAUUUCCUGUACUGUGAAGUCAGCACGGUAUCGUCCAAAGGUUUCUAGUAAAGGUAAAGGGUAAAGGGACCCUGACCAUUAGGUACAGUUGUGACUGACUCUGGGGUUGCGGCACUCAUCUCGCUUUAUUGGCCAAGGGAGCCGGCGUACAGCUUCUGGGUCACGUGGCCAGCAUGACUAAGCUGCUUCUGGCAAUCCAGAGCAGCGCACGGAAACGCCGUUUACCUUCCCGCCAGAGUGGUACCUAUUUAUCUACUUGCACUGCAUACUUUCGAACUGCUAGGUUGGCAGGAGCAGGGACCGAGCAACGGGAGCUCACCCCGUUGCGGGGAUUCGAACUGCCGACCUUCUGAUCGGCAAGUCCUAGGCUCUGUGGUUUAAAGUAUCUGGCUAAUUUUAAGAAGCCAAGAUGGUCAAGGGUCAUGGACGCAGGAGGUCGGCCGUACUUAUUGUUAUGUCUGGAGCUUUAAAUCCUAAUAAGAGGCAGGUAGGAUUUUAGAAUGUAGUAAUAUGAUUGGCUGUUGGAGCUGUCCAAUCCAGCUACAGAAGGGAAGUUUGAACCAGCCUAUCAGGUGUGACUGAGGGUGUGAAUAAAGGAUAUAUAGCCUGGAGCCUGGGUGGGAAGAACACAGAGAAACGCCCAAUGACUGACUGUUUUUAUUACAAACUGAAAUAAACUCCAUGAAACUGAUGGCUCUACUCUGAGUAUAUUUCACUUCUUCAAGCAGUUUGUCCACAUCCUCAGGCUCCAGUGAUCUAAACUGAUCCUGUAUGGAUGGAACAGACAGUUUGUUGUUGUUGUUGUUGUUGUUGUUUAGUCAUUUCGUCGUGUCCGACUCUUCGUGACCCCAUGGACCAGACAGUUUAUUAGACCCUUUCGCUGGACCUAUUCUAAUUGUGGCAUCUGCAUCUGCCCGAAUCUGAGCAAUUUUUUCCCUUACAGGCCUUGAUAAAGGUUGAGUAAUGCUAACUCAUUAGCCCCAUUAUUGCUUUUAUUUCCCUAAACCGGGGAAAUUCGCAAAGAAAUCCAGGAACAUCCGCAUGGCAGCCCUAACUAAGGAAGGCAUUUCAUGGAGAAUGACCUCUGUGCAUUGGUGCAUUUGACCCACAGAGCUGCACAAUAAAUGAUUCAAAAUAGCAAUAAGUUGUGGAAUCAUGUAUACCUAGUGAAGUCAGUUAUGCAAAUUGCUUGCAUAAUUUAUUCCGACUGCAGAAUUCAGCUUUUCUUUUUUCUUUUUUAGGCAGGUGGCAGAUUCCAGUUACUCUCUCAGUAUAGUUUCAGGAUUUUGCUUUUCUUUUACAUGAGUGGCAGGAUCCAAUUCAAGAUUAACAGCAAAUGCAGAAAGCUUUUGCACCUUUUUCCUGAAGAAAAGAUUCCAAAGUAGGCUCAAAGUCGCAAAAUCUGGAUUGAAAGAGAAAGCAAAUUUCAGGAAGGAACCAAUGCAUUUUGGCUGGCCAACUUUUCAACCCAACAAUGUAAGCUGUGUUCCAGUGACCCUGGUGAGAUGUGCCGACACGUGCAGGUGAUUUUUUUACCUACAUGCCACGAGAAGCUUCUCUUGCUGAUUUCUGAGCACGAGCUGCUCUGAAAGGCACAGGAUCAACCCCCCCCCCCUUUGCAUCAGCCCCAUGAUGGGUCAUUGUGCAGGAACCUUUUCUCCCCUCCUUUGAUGAAAAAGCAGUUAUGGAGAAUAGCACAUGACUGAAGCUUCAGGCGCUGAAAUCUAUCAUGCGGUCCUUUGACCUCACAACAGGAUGCCAGUGUACAAAAGUUCCAAGGUCCUUUCAGAUUGCAUUAAGAGGGGCAUUGUUUUGUAGGCUUGGGAAAUGAUAGGGACACAGGAAGUUGCCUUAGGUCACAACCACACAGUACAUUUAAAGCCCUAUCCCACCUUACACAAUCAUGGCUUCCCACAAAGAAUUCUGGGAGCCAGGGGUGUUGGCUCCUAGAGGCCGAGCCCUUUUGGCACCCCCUAUAUUUUGGGGGUAGCCCCCCUUCUGUUAAGUUGUGUGUGAACAUAUCAGACGACACAGCGAUUCUUCAAGCAGCUCUUGUUUAUUCACAGGCCAGAACUGAACUGAACUCAAGGGUUCAGUCAGCUUGCUUAAAUAGAGCUCCAGUACAAGGUAACUGUAACAAUUUUCUAAAACUAUCCAAUCACUGAACGUCACUUUCAAUCCCUUAUUUGCAUAACUAUCUACAGUAUCCCCCUGCUGGCCCAGGAUGAGAACUUCAGCACAUAACACCUUUGAUGUCCCAAAAGCACAGGAGGCAGGAGGGCUUCAGCGUCCUGUCAGAAGCUUCUGCCCGGCUUAGGAAGGGUGGUGUGAAACAACUAGAUCCAGGCUGGAGAUAGAUUUAUUGGAUGAUAAGAGAAAUAUAUGAUCAAAAAUGUACAUUAUUGGAAUGACAUACUGAAGAUGAAGAAGUUAAAGCGGUAAUGAUACAGUGGGCUAAAGAUUUUGGAAUAAUAUUCUGUUAGAAUCUUGGGAAAGGCUGUGGAAUGAAGGUAUUAACUUUACUGCAUGCAGUGCACUAAAAGAAAAUGUGAUGAAAAUGAUGUACAGGUGGUAUUUAACACCAACCCAACUUGCUAAAAUGUCUAGGACAAGAACUAAGGAGUGCUGGAAAUGUUAAGAAAAAGAAGGGAGUUUUUAUCACAUGUGGUGGACUUGUAGAGAAGUGAAAGCUUACUGGGAAAUGAUAUAUAAACAGCAAAAGAAAAUGUAUAGAAAUACUUUUGUUUAAAAACCGGAAUCAUUUUUACUGGGAAUUGUGGGGAAGAGAUACCAAAGGGAGAUAAAAAAUGAUUUAUGUAUGCAACAACUGCAGCAAGAAUUCUUUUAGCCCAAAAAUGGAAACAACAAGAAAUACCAACAAAAUGGAGACAAUUGGAAAUUGCAGAGUUUGGAGAAAAUGAAAGAUAAAGUGCGAGAUUGGUUACAUUACGCUCAGAUUAAAGAAGUUUUUAAAAAUGAUAAGAAAUUAGGGUUCCAGGUGGAGAAAUCGAAACUAGAAACAGAAUUGUUAGAACCAAAGAUUAAGGUACUUUCAAGGAUGUAUAACUUGCUGCUGGAAUGGAAUACACAAGAUGAAACGGUUAAAUCGGCUAUGAUAAGGUGGGCACAGGAUAUUGGGUAUAAUAUUAUGUUUGAGGACUGGGAAAGGUUGUGGAGUAAUGGAUUGAAGUUUACUGCAUGUAACGCCCUGAAAGAAAAUGUAAUGAAAAUGAUUUAUAGAUGGUAUAUGACCCCAGUCAAACUUGCAAAAAUUUACCACCUGUCUGAUAAUAAGUGUUGGAAAUGUAAAGAGUCUGAGGGAACGUUCUUCCACCUCUGGUGGACUUGCCCUAAAGUGAAGGCGUUCUGGGAGAUGAUUUAUAACGAAUUGAAAAAGGUAUUUAAAUAUACCUUCACUAAGAAACCAGAGGCUUUCCUUUUGGGUAUUGUCGGCCAAGGGGUGGCAAGGAAGGAUCAGACAUUUUUAUGUAUGCAACAACAGCAGCAAGGAUACUUCUUGCAAAACAUUGGAAAACUCAAGAUCUACCCACACUGGAAGAAUGGCAGAUGCAACUGAUAGACUACAUGGAACUGGCUGAAAUGACCGGCAGAAUCCGUGACCUGGGAGAAGAAAGGAUUGAGGAGGAUUGGAAGAAAUUCAAGAACUAUUUACAAAAAUAUUGCAAUUUGAGUGAAUGCUAAAUAAGAUGCUAGACCAAAAUAACUGAGCACCACUAAAUUUAGAAGUUUUCUAUGAAAAUAAGUAAGACUGUGAAAAUUUAAUUCCCUUUGAAAAUUAUAAGAUUAUGAAAUAUAGAAGCGAUAUAAGAAUUUAAAUAAGAUGAUAAAUUGCUGACAAAAUGUUAUAACGAUGAAAGUGGGAGCGGGAGAUGUGAGGAAGUCCAAAGAAAAUGUGAAAUUAUGUCAAGACAAAGGUCAUAUUGUUUAACAUGUUUAUUUUUAUUGUAAAACCCAAUAAAUUGCUUUAAAAAAAAAAAGAAAUACCAACAAAAACGAGUGGCACAUGAAGAUGAUGGACUUUGCAAAACAGGCGAAACUGACGGGAAGAAUUUAGAACCAGAGAGACCAAGCACUCCAAAAAGAUUGGAGUAAAUUUAUACACUAUUUGAAGGACCAUUGUAAGCAAUUAAACAACACUAGCAGGGUUGUAAGAAGACUCGUAAUGAUAACUGUUCUUACCUUUUUAUAUUUAUUUAAUAAUUGGGAUGUUUUGAAGGAGUGAAACAUAAAUUGGAAAAUGUACAAAUGCUAUGAUAUAAAGAUUAACUCUGAAAACCAAGAGGAGGGAGGGAGGGAAGUCGAAAGCUCGUAAGAGCAAAAGAAGUUAAGUGGAUAAUGAGGAUGUGUUUAAGUGUUAUAAAAAGGAAACUCAAUAAAAGUUAGCAUUAAAAAAAUAUAUAGGAAGGGCGGUGUGAUGCUCCGAUGGAGUCCAAGACCCCUCUUUCCAGCUUCGCAAAGCCCUCCUGGCUGCUGCUCUUCCUGACAUCAUGUGCACAAUGUCUUUGUCAUUCCCCCAUCACCCUCACAAGCUGGUGGUUCUGCAGGGAGCUGCAUUUUGAUUGGGACAGCCCAAUUCCCCUCCGAGAGCCAGUGUGGUGUAGUGGUUAAGAGCGGUGGACUCGUAAUCUGGUGAACUGGGUUCGCUUCUCUGCUCCUCCACAUGCAGCUGUUGGGUAACCUUAAGCUAGUCACACUUCUUUGACAUCUCUCAGCCUCACCCACCUCACAGAGUGUUUGUUGUGGGGGAGGAAGGGAAAGGAGAUUGUUAGCCGCUUUGAGACUCCUUUGGGUAGUGAUUAAGCGGGAUAUCAAAUCCAAACUCCUCCUCCUCCUCCCCUUCUUCUUCUUCUUCUUCUUCUUCUUCUUCCCUGCAAUUCCCUGAGUUUCAUUAGAAGAGGGAUUGUUAAAAGACUCUGAGAAUCAUAGCUCUAAGAACUCUCAGCGCCCUUAACAAACUACAACUAAAUUCUUUGCAGGAAGCCAUGACUGUUUAAAGUUGUAUCAUUGUUGUUGUUUAAUCGUUUAGUCGCAUCCGACUCUUCAUGAACCCCAUGGACCAGAGCACGCCAGGCACUCCUGUCUUCCCCUGCCUCCUGCAGUUUGGUCAAACUCAUGCUGGUAGCUUUGAGAACACUGUCCAACCAUCUCGUCCUCUGUCGUCCCCUUCUCCUUGUGCCCUCCAUCUUUCCCAACAUCAGGGUCUUUUCCAGGAAGUCUUCUCUUCUCAUGAGGUGGCCAAAGUAUUGGAGCCUCAGCUUCAGGAUCUGUCCUUCCAGUAAGCACUCAGGGCUGAUUUCCUUCAGAAUGGAUAGGUUUGAUCUUCUUACAGUCCAUGGGACUCUCAAGAGUCUCCUCCAGCACCAUAAUUCAAAAGCAUCAAUUCUUAGGCAAUCAGCCUCCUUUAUGGUCCAGCUCUCACUUCCAUACAUCACUACUGGGAAAACCAUAGCUUUAACUAUACGGACCUUUGUUGGCAAGGUGAUGUCUCUGCUUUAUAAGAUGCUGUCUAAGUUGUAUCAUAGUGUCCUCAAUAUAUCGUGUGUAUGUGAUCUGAGUCAGAUCCUUGACUGACCGUGAUUUGAAGUGGCUCUCCAGGGUGUCAGGCAGAGAUCAGCCAUUGAACACCCCUCCCCCCUAAUUUUGACCCUUGGGUUCUAAUCCUGCCCUCUGCACCAGGAGAGAACAGGUUUUCUCCAUCUUCUUUGUGAGAGCCCUUUCAAUGUUAGAAGGCAGGCAUUCGGUGAAUGGCAGCUGAAUGUGUGAAUUCAAUCCAGUGGGGAUGGGGAGAGAGCAAUGUAUCUGAAUGAAGAUGUUGCAUCCUUGCUGGAUGUCGCAAUACUGUAGUAGUAAUAAUAAUGUCCCUGUUCAAAUCAGCCCCUGGUGUUUAGAAAAAGAACCAGCUUCAAGAGACAGGCUUUCAUGUCUUUGGUGACACAGGGUCACGGAUGUUUAGACAGCAAGCAAAAAUCAAUGCAGGCGAAGACUGAUGUACUGGGCUUUUCCCGUGACCCCUUUAGUAACCCAGACUAAUUAAUACCCAGGGUGCUCAUUCUGAAAUCAUAUGCCAUGUACCGUGUGUUCAGUAACAAGUGAAAAUCGCAGCAGUGGAGGUAAAACACAUACACACACACACACACACAAUUUGUUAAGCCCUUGGCUUAGUAUAAACCAUUCUGCAAGCUUGCAAUGGGUGGCGCAAUUUGGUUCCAGGGUAUCCAGCAAUUUCUCUUGAAAAUGAAUUGGAUUUGGUGAGAUAAUAAGGAGCAGGGAGAUAGCUGAAAUCACUGAAAUGCCAGAGGAUUGGGGACACGUUUGUUAAGACACAGGCUGAGCACAAUGCAAGAGUUGCACAGAAAAUGUAUAUUUUUUCAGGCUACAUGUGAAGAAAAAGUACUCAGCCUGUCAUCAGCCCUCUGUUUCUAUCAUUCUUUAUCAGGUACCUACAUCCUUUGUCAUCAAGUACCUCUCCGGGUGAGGGGCACUUUGGGAAGGAUUUGAGGGGUAGCAGGGCUAGUGACUCACACACCAGCCCUGCAGGGGAAGUGUGGCAAUUCCUGCUGUCAUUGUCCUCUCUGGAUUGGCAAAUAUGUAGAACUGGAUCUGCCCAUCCAGACUGCCCAGUCCAUCCACUGGAACCUCAUGGGAAAGAAAGGGUUUUAAAUGACUUCCUGUUCCAUUUGACAUCUUUGGCAGGCCUUUGGUCUUGGAUUCCUAUGUGUUUUUGCUUGUCCUUCAGACAAAAUAACUGAAUAAGCUUCUGUCUUGCUCCUUGCUCCUGCCUCCUGGUUCAUUCUGCGGUCCUGACUGUUGAUUUCCCUCCCACCUCAGACCCACAACCUUUUCCUUACAGAUGGCAUCUCCUCAAGGGGCCUGAUUUGUCCUAAGUCUCUUUGUUUGUAAAAAUGGUGUGCAGGGCCUUCUUGGUGGUGGUUCCCUGUCUCUGGAAUGCCCUCCCUGUGAGGUGUUCCUGUCUUCCUCAUUAUUAACAUUCAGGAGGAAUUUAAAGGCAUCCCUGUUCACCCGGGCAUUUGAUGACUGAAAGAGACUGUUCCUGGCAACCUUGAAAUUAUUAGCUUCAAGGAUAUGCAACUGUUUGUAUUCUAUUUUAUUUCACACUGUAUCGUUUUCCUGCUAUUUGUUGUUGUUCUUGCCCUGGACUUCUUUGGGAGGAAGGAUGGGAUAGACAUUUGUUUAUUCAACCAAGAAAUAAAAUAAAAUGUGCCAGUUGCUCUUGUGUUCAGCAUUGUUAAUGCAUUGUUUUAUGCUGUCACAACGAUCCAUGACUGUGCUUCUUAAUACACAUGAGUAAACUCAUGAGCGACACGGAUGGGCCAAAUGAGGGGAACAGUCAUGUUCUAAAGCAAAUCAUGCCUCAUUAGUUGUUAAUACCAAAAGUUAUGUAAAGCCGUUCUCCCAUAAAAAGAAUAUUAAAUAGUCAAUUACUGCAGAUUUCAGAUUUAUGCCAAGUUCCCAUUGAUGACUGAAAUUCUAUUCUCGCUGGCAGUCUUAGGCUGCUUUUAAAAAACUGCUCAGAAAUGCCAACUGGUCCAGAAAGUGUUUGCACAGUUAUUAACCUGUACAAAUCACUGGGCUUGACGCAAGGUCUGUUUUGAUGAUUUCCACCCUCAGGGACAUGCCAAAGCAAGCAGCCACCUCCUCCUCACCUUCUGCCACCUACACCCCUCCAUGUGCUUUUUUCCAGGACCUGGUGAGCUUGUCUGAGAGGCAGGAUGGACAAAACCAAAGGCUCCUUCUUUGCAUGGUAUAUAAUGAAUUACGGCAUGGAGGAUGGCUCUGCCGGUGACUGUUAGCCAUGCAAGCUAAAUCUGGUGUCCCUAUGUUCACAUAGCCAUAACCUCCAAAUAUCUGAAGCUGGAGACUUAUCAGAAGCUGGGGGUUUUUUAUUUUCUGACACGGACGUCCUGACUUUCUUUCUUUGUCGUGGAGCUCUGUUUCCAUGGAUGCUGCAUCCAUUGCUCCCACAGAGGUGCCAACUUGGGCUCCAGACUGUGGGUGCCCAAUAGAGAGCACACAUGUCAUGACGUCAUGCCACGCCUGGUGCAUGGCGGCAAGUGAGCCGGGGCCUCCUCCUCCACUGCGGGCCUCUGGUGGGGCCACCACGGCCGUAGACGCGCCUCAGAAGCAUGGCCACAGCCACAGCAGGCCCCAACAGAGGCCCCAUGGCUCAGGCUCUGGCCCAGUCGCUGCCGCGACGCCAGAGAGUUGGAGGUAAGGCAGUGGGUGGUGACAUCUGGCGAAGGCUAGGCAUCCACAGUAAAAAAAAAAAAUCUGGCUGCCCAAGCCCCCAGCAGAUAUCUUCAGUGGCCUCCCAUCUGGACAGCGGCACUUGGCUGAGAUACCAUCACCACCAAUACUGCAACUUACCUACCAGACAGUGAGUAGUAAGAAGAAGGUUUGGAUUUGAUAUCCGGCUUUAUCACUACUAGCUCAAAGCGGAGUCUCAAAGCGGCCAACAUUCUCCUUUCCCUUCCUCUCCCACAAAAAAAACUCUGUGAGGUGGGUGAGGCUGAGAGACUUCAGAGAAGUGUGACUAACCCAAGGUCACCCAGCAGCUGCAUGUGGAGGAGCGGGGAAGCGAACCCGGUUCACCAGAUUACAAGUCCACUGCUCUUAACCACUGCACCACACUGGCUUAAGCAAUUAAGGCGUGCAGGUGACCUCCUUGGAUAAACUAGGCCACAGUUUGAGUGCUGGGAUGACAAAGGCCUCAAUUCUCAUGGUCACCCACCAGACUUCAGGGAACAAGCCAGGGACCCAUAGAGUUAAACCUCUGGUGUUGAUCUAAGCAUAUGGGAAUGUAUGGAUAGGAAGAGUGCAUUGGAUGGUAGCCAAUGCUAGACCCACUUAAGUUAAUGGGCAGAGUGAACCUAGGUUCGAUGGGUCUACUCUGAGUAGGACCACUUGCUGUAACCUAAUAAUAAUAAUAAUAAUAAUAAUAAUAAUAAUUUAUUUAUUUAUACCCCGCCCAUCUGGCUGGGUUUCCCCAGCCGCUCUGAGCAGCUCCCAACAGAAUAUUAAAAACACGAUAAAACAUCAAACAUUAAAAGCAUCCCUAAUCAACGUGUAUUGCAAUGAACACAAUGUCUAUUGCAAAAAAUAAUAAUUGCCAUUUGCUGCUCUGUUUCCUCUCCUCCCUACAGGCUUUGCGAAUCCAAGCACCGCCAUCUCGAACGUGUCCCAAAGCAGCCUGCAUAAUGCCCUGCACAUCUACAUGAAUGGCUCCAUGUCCCAGGUGCAAGGCUCAGCUAAUGAUCCCAUCUUCAUACUGCACCACGCCUUCGUUGACAGGUAGGGAGGAAGCUUCCUGGUAAGGGUGAUGCCUUCCAUGAGUGCAGGCAAAUAUGAAAGCUGCAUUUCAUUCUGGCACACAUCUUCCAGGGCCCACAAGCCAGUGGUGGGAGGGACCAGAGGGGAAAGUGGGUGGGGCUAUGUAAAUUUUACCUUUGGUUUCCACCCACAAGUACACACAUCCCUCUAGUCGCCAUCUGGACAAGCAAGAGCCAUCGACAGAGUUCAAAGAUGCUGUCAGCUGAAAACACCCCAUGGAGGCACUACAGGACCACGCAGAGAUGCAGCUUUGAGGGGGAUGGAGGCAGAGGAGAGGGUUUGGGGCAGGUUCUGAGAGCCAAAUAGGAAAAUUACAGGGUUAUAUUUGGCCCCCAGGCAAGAGAUUUCCAGCCCAAAGAACUUAAGAUGAGAAUGGCCCUUCUAGUCCGGCAUCCUGUUCUCACAGUGGCCAACCAGAUGUCUGUGGAGAGCCUGCAAGCUGGGCAUGAGCGCAUCAGCCCUCUGCCCUCUUGCAAUUGCCAGCAGCUGGUAUUUAGAGGCAUACCAGGGGGUGGAACAUAGCCAUUAUGGCUAGUAUCCUCCACCAAGGCCAGGGCCUUUUCAGUGAUGGCUCCGACCUAGUGGAAUGCUCUGUCCCAUGAGACUAGGGCCCUGCAGGAUUUAACCUCCUUCUGUCGGGCCUGUAAGACAGAGCUAUUCUGCCUGGCCUUUAAUUUGAAUUCAGCCUGAUCUUUUAUUUCCCUUCUCUUCCCUCCCCCUCCCCUUUUAUGAAGAUUACCCACUGAGACCCCACAGCUAAUUCUCCCCUGGUCUUCUUGCUGACCAAUUCAACCAGCUAGCCCUGGGGAUUAUCUAAUGCUUAUUUCCCCUAAAUUGAUUUCUGAAUUUUGAAUUUUGAAUUUUAUUGUUAUUCAUGUUUUUAUACUGUAUUUUAUGCUGCUUUUACAAUGAAGUGUUUUAAAUUUGUUGUUAGCUGCUCUGAGCCUGGUUUUUGAACCAGGAAGGGCGGGGUAUAAAUAAGUAAAAAUAUUAUUUAUUAUUAUUAUUAUAGUAGCCAUUGAUGGCCUCCUCAUCCUCCAUGAAUCCGCCUGCUCUUCUUUGAGAGCCACUGUGGUGUAGUGGUUAAGAGCGAUAGACUCGCAAUCUGGGGAACCGGGUUCGCGUCUCCGCUCCUCCACAUGCAGCUGCUGGGUGACCUUGGGCCAGUCACACUUCUUUGAAGUCUCUCAGCCCCACUCACCUCACAGAGUGUUUGUUGUGGGGGAGGAAGGGAAAGGAGAUUGUUAGCCGCUUUGAGACUCCUUCGGGUAGUGAUAAAGCGGGAUAUCAAAUCCAAACUCUUCUUCUUCUUCUUCUGAAAGCCAUCCAAGUUGGUGGGCAUCACUGCUUCCUGCGGGAGCAAGUGCCACAGUUUACGCACUGCAUGAAAAUGUGCUUUCUUAGAUGUGACAACUAUGGGAGUAUCUGCUGGUAUGCAUAAUAAGCCCCAUUUGGGUGAACGGCGUACUUUUUCUAAGGAACGAUGAGCAGGAAGCAGGAAUGCCCUGGCUGAUCCCACCCUCCCAAUGCCACACAACCAUUUACUCCCAUCCUCGGAUGUUGGCAUCUGCAGUGCCAACACCUUCAAGGAGCGAAGUUUUGUAAAUACAGCUGUGCUGUAUGUGCUAUAUACAUCAGUGCCAGCAGGUGGGGCUAAUCAGCACACGUGAUGUCAGAGCAGGCACAGAGAAACAUUGAUGGAAACAAGGGAACUGUUUGGCACGGAAGGACCUACAGAUGUCUUGCUGUUCUUUCAUGCCAAACUGACAACAAUGUUUUGGUCCUUCAGUAUCAUCCUUAGCACUCACGGGGUCCUGGAACCGUAGAUGCGGGAAUCUCAACUGUUCUGUACAGUGGUACCUCGGGUUACAUACGCUUCAGGUUACAUACGCUUCAGGUUACAGACUCUGCUAACCCAGAAAUAGUGCUUCAGGUUAAGAACUUUGCUUCAGGAUGAGAACAGAAAUCAUGCUCCGGUGGCGCAGCAGCAGUGGGAGGCCCCAUUAGCUAAAGUGGUGCUUCAGGUUAAGAACAGUUUCAGGUUAAGUACGGACCUCCGGAACGAAUUAAGUACUUAACCUGAGGUACCACUGAGGUACCAUUCCUUUCUGUUCUUUGGAUUCCCCGGGGCUGCUUAGCUGAACUUUAUAAGUAUCCAAACAAACCCCUGUGUUGCAAAAGAGAAUGUCAACAAUGUUUAGGCAACACGAUGACCAUAUACAUAUGUAAUAAACAAUCUUUAUAGAAUUCCUUCAAACAAUAACAAGUUCAAAAUGAAAUCUUAGACUCAAAGUCUCUGAAAGUCUUUAAAUGAAGCCAGGUACCAAACUUUGUACGACGAAAGAUAAGCUGUGAAGCUUUGUGUAUUCAGCAAAUAUAAUGUCCAACACUUAACAGAGAUUCCAGAUAUUGACUGCUGUUUCGAGGAUAUAGAAUUGUUUCAUAAAGUCAAUAUAUGAAUAUAUGUGAAUGAAAAUAUCAAAUGCUGUCUAACAGUGCUCAUGUAAUAAUGUAGUCACUGCUACUAACAAUAUUUUUUGAGAAACAUAUAAAGCCGUCUCCAGGUGAUGCUAAUAACAAUGAGGUUGAGUUUAGAGGUACAGUGCAAAGUAACAAUACAAAUGCAAGGAGAUUGAGAUUAAAGAAGCAGAACGAAGAAAAUACACUGCCCUGCAGUGGCCUGGUUCCUUACCCCAACCACAGACCAUAGCUUGGUGUCCCUGGCCCUUUCCUCUUGUAAGUAACCUUUGUCAGCAGACAAGAGAGCAUUCAUAAGCACAAGAAGAGCCCGCUGGAUCAGGCGAGUGGCCCAUUCUGUUCUCGCACUUCCCUGUGAGAAACCUGCAAGCAGGAUUUGAACGCAGAACCUCCCUCCUCUCCCUUCUGGCAACUGGUAGUCAGAAGCAUGUCUACCUCCAGCUGCGGAGACAGAGUGUAGCCAUCUUAGGCAUCAACAGCCUUAUCCUCCACUAAUUUGUCUAAUCCUCUUCCAAGCCGCUGGUCAUCACAACCUCCUGUGGCAAGGAGUUCCAUAGUUUAACUAUGCGCUGUGUAAAGAAGUGCUUUCUUUGAUCCAAUUGAGGCUGUCCAAAUGGCAAAAGGGUGAUUAAACUAUAAUAACCAAUAUUUUGGUGCCAAUAUUUUGAGGGAGGUAGGAAGUGCGGGCGUUCCUAUAGAGCCCUAACACGACGGGGGUGAUGCUGUGCUGCCAUUAUGGAGACAAGCCACCCAUUGCUCCUACGGCUUCUGAAUCUAUCACCUUCCUGUACCCAGGGCAUAAUGAAAAACUCCCCUCUUCCUGUGGGGCGAUCCGCUUUUAGCAUGCAGAUUGAUUGAUUAAUAUUCAUGCUGCAAUUCAGGAUGUAUUUUUUUUUUAAAGGCCCUGCGUGCAUGCCAAGUAUUACGAUGAUUAUUACCUUGAUCGCUCGGUAUUUGCACAGCGAGCCUCAACUGUUUGCAGCCCUCGCCUCCCCCUCCAGUGCCGAAAUUUGCUCUAAAUGAUAUGCUGUUGAGCUGCGUGAGCCGUGGCUCAAAUCCACAGUAGAUCUGCAAGACAAAGGCAGGUCAAGAGGUGGCCAUUACCGUUGGCCUUCCGCCCACAGUUACAGUAAAAUCUGUUUUCAUAUUUUAUUUUAUUUUUUAGAAAAUAAAAACCUUGGUUGCCUGAAAGGUUCGUCAGCUCAGGGCCCAAAUCAGCCUGUAUUUUACAUGAAGAGCGCUAUUUAGUUUUGAAUUCAUGGGAGGGGUAACUACAAGGGGAGGGGAGUCAGACCCCAUUUGCACCGUACAUUUAAAGUGUCACCCUACAAGGUCAGCACUACAUCGCAUGUGAUCUUUGCUUCUUCAAAGAUCACCAGUGUCAAAGCAAUGAUUCUCCAACAUCAACUUUGUUGGACUGGUCAUGUUGUGCAGAUGCCUGAUGAUCGUCUUGCAAAACAACUACUCUACUCCGAACUUAAAAAUGGAAAGUGUAAUGCUGAUGGUCAACAAAAGAAGUUUAAAGACUGUCUCAAGGCAAAUCUAAAAAAAUGUAGUACAGUGGUACCUUGGGUUACAUACGCUUCAGGUUACAUACGCUUCAGGUUACAGACUCUGCUAACCCAGAAAUAGUACCUCGGGUUAAGAACUUUGCUUCAGGAUGAGAACAGAAAUUGUGCUCCGGCGGUGUGGCAGCAGCAGGAGGCCCCAUUAGUUAAAGUGGUGCUUCAGGUUAAGAACAGUUUCAGGUCAAGUACGGACCUCCGGAACGAAUUAAGUACUUAACCCGAGGUACCACUCUAUAAACACCGACAACUGGGAAACACUGGCCUGCGAGCACUCCAGUUGGAGAACAGCCUUUACCAAAGGUGUCAUGGGCUUUGAAGACACUCAAACUCAGGAUGCAAGGGAGAAACGUGCUAAGAGGAAGGCACGCCUGGCAAAUCCACACCGGGAUCAACUCCCGCCCGGAAACCAAUGUCCCCACUGUGGAAGGACGUGUGGGUCCAGAAUUGGCCUCCACAGUCACUUACGGACUCAUUGUUGAAACCGUGUGUCAGAGCUGCUUCCAGAUCCUAGCUCACAGAGGAUCACGCUAGCCAGCGAUCAUUAAACAAAAGUCUUUAUUGAGUUACAGUUUCCAUUCUCAAGCUGCUGCGUGCAACUCUACGUCUCAUGCUUAGACCGGCGAAGCUCCGCCUGAGUCUCCGCCCUUGUACACCAACUUAACAUCCUAGCCCUGCUCCACCUUUUCCGCCUGACUGUUCUUCUCUGGGUCCCUCUGCCCCCGGGUCUCUUCCUUCCGGGAUUCCUCUGACGCUGACGCUGACUCCCUGACUCUUCUCCCUCCUUUCGGCGGGCUUUGGGACCUGGCUCCCUUCCGGGCUGCCUACUGCGCCACCUUCCUGUGCAUUUGAACCUGGCGCGCGCGCCCAACCUUCCACCUUCCGUCUGACCGCUUCUUCGCUCCCCGAUGGAGGUGUGGCCACCCUGACUCGUGCCCUCCCCUGCUGUGAGCUGCCAGCGCUGAUCCCUGGUGCCCUUCCUCUUCCCUGCUCUCUGGCGGUGACGUUGGUCCCGAUUUCCAACUACUCCUCUGAGUCCCCUCUGGCUCUAUCUUCCUGGGGUGUCCCCUAGGCUCCCCUUGCCCUGGCCACUGGUGCUCCUUUCUGUGAAUCUUCUGAUUCACUGGAAAGACUCGAGAUCUCGGGUCGUCGUCAUCACUCAUCUUUUCUUCUGCCUCCUCCCCUCGCUCUCUGCUUCCUCCUUGCCCUUGCCUCUGCUCCUGAACCCCUGACAUCCAUCCCCCUCGAAGCCCUCUCUCCUCCCUCCUUCCGGUGCGGGAUCUGGGUGCUGCCGUGUCAGGGGACGAAUGUCGGAUACAGUUCGCUCCCGUGGCGGGCCGCCAUCUGAAGUCUUCCGGUUCUUCCUCCCUGCUCUCGCUGACGACGGUCACCUCCGCUUCCAUCUCUGUGCCGCCGUGCUCGAAACCCGGUCGUCCCCGAAAAGUCCAUGUCCGUCUCUCCUCGUUGCCUUCUGGAGACGUUGCUCGUCCUGGGCCCUCCAGCCACCUUCUACGGAACUGCUCCUCUGGUCGAUCAUCCCACCAAUACGAGGGUUCUGAAGCAGAUCCUGAGGGUGACUCCUCCGGGAACGGGCGCCUCGUGGUCGGUUCCUCGUCCGAGCCGAACCCCGGAACGUGCUGGCUGAAAGCGUGGGCGUGAAAAGCCAGUCGUCGAAAAGUCUGCUGGCAUUGGCCUAUGUGGGAAGAGGGCAUGAAACUCUUCUUUGAGCAGAGGUUCGCCUAAAGCGUAGCCCGGCACCCAGCUGCUGGCACUGGCCGGGUGCCCUCCUUGGCGAGAAGGUAUUCUACCCUCUUCCCCCAUCUGGAGUCCAAAAUCUCCGUGACUUCGCUGAUGCGCACCGCCCGGGCCACUCCCCCCUGCCCGGUUCUCUCUCGGAGCGGACCCGGUGCCGGUCCUGGUUCCUGAAACCUGUGAGGUGCCUUGUAGGGAGUGAGCACCGAUCUGUGGAACACCGGAUGCAUUCUGGAACCCUCCGGAAGAGCCAGCCUGAAAGCAACCGGGCUGACCUGUUCUUCGACUCUGGUAGGGCCCCAGUGGUUUAUGCCCUAGUUUCUUCUUCGCCAACGACCUGGCCGACACUGCGUGGGCUGCUAACCAGACCCAGUCUCCCACAUGGAUCUCUUCGCCAACCCUUCUGUGUUUGUCCGCUUGUACCUUGUAUGCGUGUUUAGCCAGCUCCAGGUGCCGCCGCAGCUGAUCGUGGACCUCCUGCAACUCCGACGCGAAUGCAUCUGCUGUCUGCGGCUCCUCCCCAUUCUUUUCCAGUCCCGGAAGGUUCUGGGGUGCCUCCUGCUGUUGGCGAAGAACGGCGUGACUCUCGUGGACACGUGCUUCGUGUUGUUGUAGGCAAACUCGGCGAGAGGCAGGUAAACAACACACGUCGAAGGCUGAUGAAUCGCAUAACAUCUCAGGUACUGCUGCAUGAUGGAAAUGACACGCUCCGCUUUCCCAUUGGUCUGCGGGUGUCAAGCCGACGCCAGCUUGAUCAUGACGUUCAGGAAGCCCAUCAGCGUCUGCCAGAAGGUCGCGAUGAACUGUCGCCCGCGGUCGGACAGACUAGACCGCGGCUGACCGUGACCCGUGAACACGUGGUCUAUGAACAGUUUGGCGGUUCGCUCCGCCGCGGCCACCUUCGCACACGGACUCAAAUGUGCCAUCUUGGAGAACAAGUCCACCACCACCAGCACAGCCGCCGUGCCCCUCGAGCUGGGCAGAUCCGUGACAAAGUCCAGGGCCACUCUCUCCCAUGGUUCGAACGGAGUUUGCAGCGGUUCCAGCAGUCCGGCCGGCGGUCUGUGCACUGGUUUGGCCCUCUGGCAGGUGUCACACCCGCCACGUAGUCCGCGACUUCCUCUCAUUCCUGGCCACCAGAAGUCUCUGGCUACCAACUCCACCGCUUUCCUUGCCAAAGUGCCCGGCAGUGGGCGCGCCGUGCAGCUGCUGCAGUACCUUGGCGCGAGUUCGCCUCCCGGCACGUAGAUGGCCCCUUUACGGAUGAGCAAACCAUCUCGCAGCUGGAACUCGCCGGUCGCUGCCGUGCCCCUGUGCGCCUCUGCCAUCUUUGCUUGCGCCAAGGAGCCAUCCUGCACCGCUCGGCGCACCGCCUCCAGGUCAACUGUCGCCGCCGUGCACGCCCACACUGUCGGUGCGAAGAUGUGCAUGGCGGCCGCUCGCCCUGCCUCCUCCAAAUACUGUGGCUUACGGGAGAGAGCAUCCGCCAUGAUGUUGGUGUCCCCCGGGACAUACUCUACUCGGAAGUCGAAAUUCGCAAAGAACUCAGCCCAACGUAUCUGCCUCUGGUUCAGGAACUGUGCCGUGCGCCAGUGCUCUAGAUUCUUGUGGUCCGUGCAGACCUGCACCGUGUGCUUGGCGCCGAUCAGGAAGUGCCUCCACGCUUGAACGCUGCAUAAAUGGCCAGCAACUCCCUGUCCCAGAUGGUGUAGUUCUGUUCGGACUUGCUGAGCUUCCUUGAGUAAAACGCUCCCGGCCUCCAAACCCCUGCGGGUCCUUCUGCAGCAGGACUGCUCCCACGGCUCUGUCCGAGCGCCUGUCUCCACCCUCAUCGGCCUGCUGGGGCUGACAUGAAGCAGUUGCUCUUCCGACGCGAAGAGACGCUUGAGUGCCUGGAAAGGACUGCUCCGCCUGCUCUGUCCAGAUUAACUUCUAAUUCUAGGAGCUGAGCGUGUCCGUGAUGGCCGCUGUCUGCAUGGCAAAGCCUUUGAUAAACUUGCGAUAGAAGUUCGCAAAGCCGACAAACCGUUGGACCUCCUUCCGGCUGCGUGGGCUUUUCCAAUCCAACACUGCUCGGACCUUGGUGCUGUCCAUGGCGAGCCCUUUAUCAGACAACUUGUAGCCCAGGAACUCCACCUCCGUCACGUCCAACUCGCACUACUCCAGCUUGGCGUAAAGCCUAUGUUGCUGUAGCCUGCUCAGCACUUCUUUGACGUGCCUGUCAUGCUCCUGCUGCGAUUCCGAAAAGAUCAGGAUGUCAUCCAAGAAACAGACGCACGUCUUGUAGAGGAGCCCCGCCAACACGUGAUGCAUGAAAGCUUGAAAACGUGGGAACCAUUUUGCAAUCCAAAAGGCAUAACUCUAUAUUCGUAGGUGCCCAGGGGCGUGAACCUGGCUGUCUACCACUCAUCUCCUUCCCGCAUGCGAAUGAGGCUGUACGCCCGCAGGUCCAACUUGGUGAACACGCUGCCCUUCCGUACCUUUGCGAGGAGGUCGUCGAUCCGGGGCAUGGGGAAGUCCGAUGGCUUGGUCACGCUGUUCAAAAUGCGAUAGUCCACUACAAGUCUUUUUUGGGGCGUGUCCUCUUCUUAACAAAGAAUACCGGACUGCCCCCGCUGCCGUGGACUCUCGGAUGAAACCGCGCUCCAAAUUAUGAUCUAUGAACUCUUUGAGUUCCUGCAGUUCUGUCCUCAGACAUGGAAUACAACUUCCCUUUGGGCAGCGCCGCCCCGGCAGCAGGUCAAUUUUGCAGUCAUAUGGUCUGUGGGGGUAGCCUGUCUGCCUCCUUCUCACAGAAAACCUCCAAAAAUGCUGCGUACUUGUGGGGAACCGCUUGCAGCGUGCCGAGCUGCAGCUGUGACUCCUCUUCCUCUCCUUCCUGCCGGGGCACGAUGCAGUGUUCAGCGCAAAAGGAAGAGCCGAAGGUCAGCUGCCUCUGGUACCAAGCCAGCGCCGGGCUGUGCUUGUCCAGCCAACUCAUGCCCAAUACAAUGGGCGUGUCCGAUAGCUGGAGUGACAUUGAAGCUGAUGAUUUCCUGUGAUUCCUAAGUCUCAUCACCAUUGGUGGCGUCUGCUUCACCACUUGCCCCCCUAGCAGCUCCCUGCCAUCCACCGUGACAACCUGCAGGGGCAGCGUGGCAGGCAGCAACUGUAUAGCGUGCCGGUCGACAAAGUCCUGCCCUAUAAAGUCCGCAUUGCUUCCGGAGUCAAUGGUGAUUGGCACGUCCAUGUUGAUGCCAUUGGGCAGCUGGAGCGACGCGGUGAGCCUCACUCCGGGGUUGGGCGGGAGGGGGUCCAUGGGCUGUAAAAUCUCUGGGGACUGCUUCACUGACACGUCUGGCUGGGCCCCAGUGCCUCUUUCUCCAGCCAGACUCCGCCGCUUCCUGCCGUGGUUCCUCCUUGCUGCGCUGCUGCAGUUACCAUUGCUGAGGCUGCAGUGUGCUUGUGGAGCCUCUGGGGACACUCUUUCGCCAUAUGCUGUGGAUCAUCGCAGAUGUAACACUUCCUGUUCCUCUAGGAGGCUUCGCCACUGCUGCCGGUGCUAGGGCUCUGGCUGCUGACUGAGCCCUUGCACCUCCAACCUCCAUAGGUUCCGCCUCCUCCUGGCGGAGGCGUGGAUUGCGCACGCGCUGCUUCUCUGGGAAGGAAGGAGGAGCCCUGGCUGGUCCGCGCCUCCACGCCCUUCGUCCCUGCUCCACGGACGUUCUUCCAGCCGCACCCCCACCGCCAGCGCCCUCUGAACGAUCUCCUGCGUGGUCCGGGUCUCUCCUCGCAAUUCUCAUCUUUAACCGAGCCGUGCAAUCCUCCCAAAACAGGUCUCUUACAGGAGCCGAAUCUCUGUCCCAUUCCAGAGCACUGACCAAAGCGAAAAGCGGGCAUGGUACUGCCUUACGCUGGCCCUCCCUUGCUUCAGUCCAUGUAUCUGCUGCCGAGCAAGAUCCACGUCAAUGCUUGAUAAAAGCACCCAUCCAUCGCUUUAAUAAAGGCAUCCGCAUUUUGGAGCGCCGGAUCCUUAUCUCUCCACAAAUUGCGCAGCCAUGCUUUAGCAUCUCCAUGCAAAUGGGACAUGAUGAAUCCCACCUUCUCUUGCUCAUCUCUAAAGUCUUUGUUCAGCAGUUGCAGUGCACACAUUACAUCUGCUCUAAAGUUGGGGUACUGUUGCAAAUUCCCAUCGAAGUGAGAGACCAGACCGCCUGUCUGCCUCCCCAACCCAAUCCUCCGGUUUGGGUGUCAGCUGCCCUUGCUUCGUAAGCACUUCCAACCUGACCUGGAGAUCCCUGUAGGCGGCAGCUGCGCCCUCCUCUCUCUUCCUGGAUGCAAGAGCCUCGGCAUUCAGUCGUGACACUGCUUCUCUGAGUUCCGCUAUCUGCUGUUCGGCCGCCAGACUGUCCGCCGUUCGGGAGCUCGCUAGUAGGCACCCGCUUUCUCCUCUCCGCGAGGCCGUAGAUGCCCACAAUUUAGGAGACGGAGCUUACUGUCAGAGCUGCUUCCAGAUCCUAGCUCACAGAGGAUCACGCUAGCCAGCGAUCAUUAAACAAAAGUCUUUAUUGAGUUACAGUUUCCAUUCUCAAGCUGCUGCGUGCAACUCUACGUCUCAUGCUUCGACCGGCGCAGCUCCGGCGGAGUCUCCGCCCCGUGUACACCAACUUGAUUUCCUAGCCCUGCUCCACCUUUUCCGCCUGACUGUUCUUCUCUGGGGCCCUCUGCCCCCCGGGUCUCUUCCUUCCGGGAUUCCUCUGACGCUGACGCUGACUCCUGACUCUUCUCCCUCCUUUCGGCGGGCUUUGGGACCUGGCUCCUUUCCGGGCUGCCUACUGCGCCACCUUCCUGUGCAUUUGAACCAUGGCGCGCGCCCAACCUUCCACCUUCCGCCUGACCGCUCUUCGCUCCCCGAUGGAGGUGUGGCCACCCUGACUCGUGCCCUCCCCUGCUGUGAGCUGCCAGCGCUGAUCCCUGGUGCCCUUCCUCUUCCCUGCUCUCUGGCGGUGACGUUGGUCCCGAUUUCCAACUGCUCCUCUGAGUCCCCUCUGGCUCUAUCUUCCUGGGGUGUCCCCUAGGCUACCCCCUUGCCCUGGCCAGUGGUGCUCCUUUCUGUGAAUCUUCUGAUUCACUGGAAAGACUCGGAGAUCUCGGGUCGUCGUCAUCACUCAUCUUUUCUUCUGCCUCCUCCCCCUCGCUCUCUGUUUCCUCCCUUGCCCUUGCCUCUGCUCCUGAACCCCUGACACCGUGUUUAUGGAAGACAAUCUUACUCAGCUACGAGUGAUCGCCGAAGAGAGAAAGAGACAUUGCAUGCCAUAUGUACAGCUGACAGUCAUGGAAACAGUCAGCUGGCAAGAAGACAGUCCCAGAAUUACAAAAGCCAUCCCAGCUUUUGAUCUGAUCCCAGAAUAUCCCUGUUUCCCGUGCCAGCACCGCUGCCAAGUGGAGGAGGAUAAGCAUAGGGUGGAAUAUAAAUUUAAUAAAUAAUAAGCCAGCACUUGUCCCAAGCAGCAGUGGCGGCUGCAAGGGAGCAUCGCCUCUCCAUGGCUUUUCCAUGGCUGUUGCUGCCAACCUCCUCCCUUGUAAGUAACAAACAACCCCUUGUGUUGCAAAGAGAACGUCAGCAAUGUCUAGGCAACACAAUGACCAUGUACAUAUGCAAUAGACAAUCUUUUACAGAAUUCUUUCAAACCAUAACAAGUCCAUAAUGAAAUCUUUAGUCUCAAAGUCUCUGAAAAUCUUAAAUGAAGUGAGGCACCAGACUUUGUACGAUGAAAGGCAAGCUGUGAAGCUUUGUGUAUUCAGCAAAUAUGAUGUCCAACACUGAACAGUGAUUCCGGAUAUUGACUACUGUUUCGUAGAAUUCUUCGUCAGCUUGGUGGGAGGAUAUAGAAUUGCCUCACAAACCCAUCUUGUUUCAAAUGAAUGUAUGUAAAUGAAAAUAUCAAAUGCUCAUGUAAUAAUGUAGUCGUUUGCAUACAUUCCUGUCUGGUACCUCGCUUCAUUUAAGAUUUUCAGAGACUUUGAGACUAAAGAUUUCAUUUUGGUCUCGUUAUGGUUUGAAGGAAUUCUGUAAAAGAUUGUCUAUUGCAUAUGUACAUGGUCAUCGUGUUGCCUAAACCUCCUCCCUCGGGCAGCUUGCAGUGGCUGCUGGAGAAUAGGGGAGGCAGGCGAGAGGAUGCCCCUGUUGAGACCCAGCCCCCCAUGACACACCAGCUCUGGGGCACAGGCAGAGGUCAGAACCGCCCUAGGCAGGAAGAAAGGGGGAUCUGAAGCGGAGUGCAAGGAGUCUUGAUUUUUUUGAAAGAAAUGCUUUGUGCAUUCGUGUCUAAUCUUACCUCUUUUAAAAAAAUUAUUUAAUAGUAUGCGUUUUUCUUCUUGUAAAUCUACCAAAGAAUAAAGUAAAAUCAGAAUUAAGGGGUUUUCUCAGGGCAGUGUCUGUGUGCUGUAGUGGUGCUGACACUUGCCCUUCUUCUGAUAGGAAAAGUUGGGGGGUAUGACAAAAAAGGGGGUCAAGGAGGGUCAGUUGGCAGGGGGGUGAGAAAUGUCCCCAUUUUCAUUUGAGGAAUGUUGGAGGGUAUGUUAGCGUGUUGUACUCUGGCUGGGGAUGUCAGGAGUUGAGCCUACACUCGAGUAGGACCCUGGCAGAGACACAUGCCUGACUGGCAUGUUCUCUCCCUCCUGGUCGAUCGUUCGGGAGUUUCAAAAGCUUUCUUCAGCCCGAACAUCACAGCAACCGAUGCCAACCGACACCGGCACACUCAAGGAUCUGCAGAGUUUGCGCAUCAUGCAUAACAGACCUCAGCAACUCAGCUUUUUGGCUAAUCUACUUUAUUUACAUAUAAACACACGCAGAGCACUGCAACAUGGCUCCCUCUCUCUCUAGCAUCAGACAGCAAAGAGAAAAAGAACAAAGGACAAUAGUCCCACUUCACGGAACACAGUAACACAAACACCCUGUCUCUGUCACUUCCCACUUUGUGGAGUCAAAACAUACAGCGUCAUGUGAAAGACAACAAUCCCAUGACUGCAAUCAUGGAGCAGGAAUUCUAACAGGGGAGUUCUGGGUUCAGAUCCUUGAGCAGCCAUGAAGUUCACUGGGUGACCUUGAGCCAGUCGCUGCCUGAGCCUAGCCUACCUCACAAGGCUGUGGUGAAAAUAAAGUCGGUCACCCCAUAUCAGUGGCUAGCAGAAGCAGCGUCUGUGUCUCUCUCUCUGUGUGUGUGACUAUAAAGGGCAAUUAACAACAUGCUGGAUGCACAUUGAUUGUUGCAGAAUUCAAUUUUGAUUAUUAAAGCUGAGAGCACAAAGAAACAUUACAGCGAGACGGGCGAAAAUACUGAUGAAUUAUAACCACCAUCAACUUUUGGACUCCUAAGCUGGGAACAGGUGCUCUUUUGGCUAAGGUGAAUUUCAGCAAUGUAAGAUCUCUGGCCCUGAUUGCUUUCAGCAUAAUUACAUAGCAAACUGCUGACUGCCCUUCAUGUACUGCCGGGUACGUGAUUCAUGUUUUUAUUUUGAAAAGGUUAAUUUUGGCCUCUUGGACUCGAGAAAUCUGUGCCACCCUCCUUGUUGCUCAUCCUCUGAGAGGAUGGAGAACGAUCUCUGCAAAACAUUGAUCUGGAUGAGCUCUGCAUCUGACAUCCAGUCUCAGAAUGCAUCCUCUCUCUCCCCGUCGCUGAUCUUUUUUUCUGUCUUUCAUGCCAUGCACUGUUCUGUACAAGACUUAGAGAAAACUGGCAGGGCACAUUGACAUGCUACCAUGAGCGGGCACAGACGCCACUGGAAAAAAUAUUCAGGCCUCUCAACAAGGACGGACCGGCUUAAAAUAUUUACACAUAUAUACAAUAAUUGUGGGGUUUCAUUUUUGUGUUAAGGAUAAAUACGAUAAUAUUUGCACCUGUUGAGGAUUUUAAGAUUGGAAUGACCAACAUCAAUAACGUAAGCACCAACACAAUCAUUGCCAAACUAACCAUACACUUCAAACAUCCAACUUGUAUAUGUAACGCAACACAAUGAGACCACACAACAAGUCCUGUAGUGCUCACUUACAAAAACAUACAGGUGUAGCUGUACAUAAUAAGACGAGACUGCUCUGCUAUGCUGUCAAAGCGCGGAAGCAAAUGUUCAUGUAGAGUUACUCUGAAAGAAGGCGGGGCCUUUUUCUGUGGUGGCACCGAGGUUAUGGAAUUCAAUACUUACGGAGGCUCACUUUGUUCCUUCUUGCCUUAAAAAUGAAACUGCCCUUGGUGUUACAAUACUGAUAUGAGUGUUUCCUUUCACAGCAUUUUCGAGCAGUGGCUCAGAAGACACCAGCCCCUGCGUGAGGUUUACCCGGCAGCCAAUGCCCCUAUUGGACAUAACCGUGAAUCUUACAUGGUCCCCUUCAUUCCUCUCUACCGGAACGGGGAAUUCUUCAUUUCUUCAAGAGAUCUGGGAUACGACUAUGAAUAUCUAGUAGAGCCAGGUAACAUAGACAUCUUGAGGCAGUUGCCUUUGUUUUCUGACUGUAAGUUCUUUUGGUAAAGCCAGAUCAAAAGAUGCGGUGGAGGCCAUGUGACAAUACCAUGAAUUGAGAUACUAGAUUGUGGUGUCACUGCAUGCUAGGACAAUCUGGAGGAGCAAGCUAUUGAGACUUGGCGCUCAAAUAAGACCUAAAAUCUGGGUGGGUGUUAAUUUUUCCAUACACUUUUUAAAAAAAAAUAUUUAGAAUUAUAUACCACCCUUUUAUGGGACACAAGUGGCGCUAAACCACUGAGCCUUGGGUUUGCCGAUUGGAAGGUCGGCGGUUCAAAUCCCCGUGACUGGGUGAGCUCCCGUUGCUCGGUCCCAGCUCCUGCCAACCUAGCAGUUCGAAGGCACGUCAAAGUGCAAGUAGAUAAAUAGGUACCACUCCGGCGGGAAGAUAAACGGCAUUUACAUGCGCUGCUCUGGUUCGCCAGAAGCGGCUUAGUUAUGCUGGCCACAUGACCCGGAAGCUGUACGCCGGCUCCCUCGGCCAAUAAAGCGAGAUGAGCGCCACAACCCCAGAGUCGGCCACGACUGGACCUAACAGUCAGCGGUCCCUUACCUUUACCUUUACCACACUUUUAUGCUUCCAGAGCAGACAUUGGGGGAAAAACAAUAAAAUGCAAUGUAAAACACAAUCAUGACCAAAGCUUACCCCAAGAGGAUGCCAAGAUGACGUUCUCCAGAUGUUUUUCUCAUGGAGGAUGAAGCUAUCAAUGGCUACUAGCCAUGACGUCUAUGCUCCAUACUCAGAGGCAGUAAUGCUUCUGAAUACUAGUUGCUGGAAGCCACGGGAGGGGAGGGGGCUCUUGUGCUUGGACCCUGCUUGUUGGUUUCCCACGGGCAUCUGGUUGGCCACUGUGAGAACAGGAUGCUGGACCAGAUGAGGCAUUGGCUUGAUCCAGCAGGCCCUUCUUACGCUCUUACUCUGAACUCCCAUCUCCCAUCAAUCCUAGCUAGCAUGGUCAGUGGUCAGUGAUGAAGGCAGUUAUAGUCCCGCAACAUCAAGAGAACAUCCCGUUGGCUACCCCAUCAAAAUACAGCAGGAUAAACCUUCUCCAGCAUCAUACUAUAAACAUGGGAUGCGGGUGGCGCUGUGGUCUAAACCACUGAGCCUCUUGGGCUUGCCCAUCAGAAGGUAGGCGGUUCGAAUCCCCGCGACGGAUUGAGCUCCCGUUGCUCUGUCCCAGCUCCUGCCAACCUAGCAGUUCAAAAGCAUGCCAGUACGAGUAGAUAAAUAGGUACCACUGCGGUGGGAAGGUAAACGGAAUUUCUGUGCGCUCUGGCACUUGUCACAGCCCUCUGUGUGCCAGUAGCAGUUUUAAUCAUGCUGGCCACAUGACUUGGGAAGCUGCCUGUGGACAAACACUGGCUCCCUCGGCCUGAAAGCGAGCUGAGUGUUGCAACCCCAUAGUCACCUUUGACUGGACACAACUGUCCAGGCGUCCUUUACCUUUACCUUUUUUUACCUAAAAAAUAAAGCCGAUGAGAGAAACUGUGCGUUAGUCUAGACUUGUAUUUAAGCAUUCACCUGAUACCCACAAGGUUUUAAAGAAUUCCCUGCAGGCAAGUGACCAGACAGGUGGAGGAGAGAUGAAACGUCCUGCCCUUCCUCUGCAACCAACAUAAAGGGAGGAAGCAAGGCCUCUUCGUCCACACCAAGCAUAAAAAUGCACCAGGCUUCUGCAAGGGGCAUGGAGCUCUCAAUCCUACCUUUGCCAGCCCUUAGAAAAUUGGUGAAAGUGACUAGCCUGCAAGCGAUUUUGUGGGCUGGUGUUUAAGCCUGGAUUAGUCAGCGAGGCUUCCAAAUUUUUGAAGCAAAGUAAUCAAACCCAGCCACACUGCUCUCUAGCGCUCCUUCCCAUAGUGCCUGCUGCCCUGUCUUUUUAGUGUGCCAUAAAACACACAAUAGAGCAGCUUUCACUUACUCUGGGAUACCAGGAGGGAAGCUGCAGCAAAUAGCUUCAGGGGAGGGGGAAGAACAGAAAUUCGGGGCCAGGGAGAAGGGGAAAGGCUUGUUAGACCCAGGCUCCACAAUCCUCCAGUCCCACUCUGAAUUGGGGGACCCACUUCUAUGAUUAAAAUAAUAAUUAUGAAAAACACACACACAUAUGAAUGCACGAUACUAUCAUGUCACAUUGGAGCAGAGAAUUGGCUCCCCAGAAAUCGCUAGGAGGGGAGAGCAUGAAUCGGCAGCCUGUUCCUGAUCAAAUGACUCCGUCUGAAAAGGCGUCUCUCCAUUGUCUCAGCACUGGCCCCCUUUAGGGGCGUUUGGCAUUUGGGCUGUUUGCUUGUUUGGUUUAUUUUUCUCAAAGCAAACCGAUAAGAGCGGAGAGCGCUACCCAUCGCCCCACCCGCCGUUUCCAAAAACUGUGCGCAAUUUGUUUGAUGUUUGGUUGGAAAUUCAGCCGGGAGGCAGGAGAGCACUAAUCAUAGGCCAACGGCAGCAGAAUGAUUUUAGUGGCGCUAAUGUUUAAAUCGAGCCCCCUCCCUACACACACACACACACACACACACACACACACAACUCCCUCCCUCAAUGCCACCACACAGACAUGCUGUCAGAAAGAUCACUUAUCACUCUGGAAAAUGUCACCCCAUUUCAUUAGGCAAGAAAUGGGAUCAUCUUAAUAGAUGGUCCUGGUUGCGGGCAGGCUCUCAAACUGGUCCCACCCCCACCCCGGCGUGGGGGGAGCUAUCACCCUUACUCCGGGGUGGCACCACAAUCACCCAGAGCUAUUGCCCAAUCAUUUUGAAGGGGGAUUGGGGGAGAGUAUAAAAGCAGCAGCACAACGUGUGCCUAGUUCCUGCUUCAUGCUGUUGUGAUGGACAACAAAAGAGGUUUAAAACUCUUCAAGGCAAAUCUUUUUUAAAAAACAGUGAUAUAAGCAUUGAUAACUGGGAAACACUGGCCUGCAAGCCCUCCAAUUGGAGAACAGCCUUUACCAAAGGUGUCAUGAAUUUUAAAGAAGCAUGAACUCAGGGCAAAAAGGAGAAACGAGAACAUUUGGCAAACCCUCACCAUGAUCAACACCCACCUGGAAAUCUAUGUGCCUACUGUGGAAGGAUGUAUGGAUCCAGAAUUGGCCUCCACAGUCACUUAUGGACUCACUGUUAAGACUGUGUUCAUGGAAGACAAUCCUACUUGGCUACUUGGCUACCAAAGAAGAUACGGACUGGUGGCAACUCUGCAAAGUUUCAGGUAGAGGGCCUUCUCAUCCUUAGAGGAAGAUGCUGAGAAUUGAACCAUCUGCAUACCAAAAAGGAUGUCUUUCCACUGAGCUAUAGCUAGUUCCUUCCAUAAGCCAAAUGAAGCUGUGUUAUAUUGAGCCAGGCCAUUGAUGAGUCCAGCCUACUGUUGUCUACUCUGACUCAAAGCAGCUCUACAGGGUCUUAGGCAGAGAGAGGUCUCUCCCUGUCAUGCUACCUGUGAUACUUUAACUGGGGAUGGCAAGAAUUGAUCCUGGACUUCUCUGUGCACAGAGCGUAUGAUCUACUCAAGCUGCACCCACUAUCCGAUUAUUACAUGUGAAAAAAAUCUGCCCGCCAGAGGUUUUGGACUCCUAUUCCCAUCAGCCCCAGUCAGUGUGGGUUCAAAACAUAUGGAGGGCACCAGGUUGGAGAGGUCUGGUGUGGACUCAGAGGGCACUUCUGCUCAUAUAUCAGCCUGCAUUGCUCCAAAGAUUUCACAUGAAGUUUCACUUGGGCAGCCCAGAGUAGGUCUUGAUCACUCAAUACCAUAUUCAAAGGAGGGGUCUGACACGUUGACUUGGCAUCUAGUUCAAAUAGAGAAUUUUGCACUUUGAUAUUCUCUUUUGAUCAGCUUGUGAGGAAUUUUUUCAUUGUUCCCCUCCUGCUAACUAGCUUUGAAAUGAGGCGGUCCUUUGCGGGCUCGGUUUCCUUGGAAGCACUGGAGACUUCUUGAAAGAUCUGUUUUAUUUACAAGCAUGCAUGUUGGGCGAGUGGGGGCAGUGAAAGCAGGCACCCAUUGGGACUGGUAGGGAAGCCAUUGACAGGCGGAGCCAGCUGACUUAGAUUUUAUCCCCUUCCUGUGUCCUGCUGAGUUGUACAAGGGCAAAACUUGAGACUUAAGGAGAAGGAAGCUGGCAUCCAGAUAACCCCCCUGGGCUGGUUGUAAGGAAGAAGGCAGGCAGGUGAGAGCUGGCUGGAGGCAGAAUCAAGAACAGGUGAGCAUCCAAGUUAAUAGUGCUAGUCGGUGCUUUUUUUCUGGGGGGGACACAUACCCCUAAAUAUUUUGUGAAUCUAACGGGAGAAGAAACUAAAAAUAAAAUAAAAUUUAGUUUCUUCUCUAGGACAGUGAAUUGUCAGUUCCGUUGCUAUCCCUGAUGGCAGCUUCAUUUCCUUUACUGGUGUUUCCUGAGUCUCAGACGGAAGCGGGCAUUUAAUGUGUGAAGCAGUGUGGAAUGUGGAUGUGUGGUCUUUUACUGAUGAAAGUUUGGCUAAUGUGGAAUUUAACUGUGAGCUGUCAGCUGUGUAAUAUGAGAUAAUGUUCUUGGUACUUUUGUCCAUUUACUGUAUUUAUUUCCCGCGAUUUGAAUUAUAAAAUGGUGAUUUUCUUGAGUCAAAAUGAGAGUAACCCUAAACAAUUUUUUAAGGAAAAAAAACCACUGGUUCUAGUUUGCAAAGCAGAAGCAAACAGCAUAACCUUGGAGCAUACAUGCAUACUUACUGCCAGCCAGAUGCAAAAUGCAGAACUGUGUGACUUGCUGGAAUCGCUCAAAACAAGUCUGCCUCUUUUUCUAGCUCCCCUUCUCUGCAUUUUUUUGCCAUUCAUGAUCAGAGGCAGUUUUAGGGUAGCAUAACAAGUGUGGGCAUAUUGCAUGCCGCGCUGCACUGGGCACCACCACAAUGCUGUAGAAUGGAGCGCGAGAGGUGGGAGUCCUGGAUUUUACUGUCACAUAGGGUUUCACUGAAAAUUGAGAGCCCAGUGUCUGCCACUGUUCAUGCUCAUGCAAAAUGCAGGUUUCCAGCCUUCAUCCGAGCACCUGAGAUGCAUAGAGAGUAGCUAUCAGGAGCUUGUCCUACACUCAAGUAGGACCCUGUCAGAGACACAUGCCCGACUGGCAUGUUCUCUCCCUCCUGGUCAAUUGUUCAGGAGCUUUAUUAGUUUUCUUCAGCCCGAACAUCACAGCGACUGAUGCCAACACACAUCGGCACACUUAGGGAUCCGCAGAGUCUUUGCAGCUUGCGUAACAGACCUCAGCAACUCAGCAUUUUGGCUAAUCUACUUUAUUUACAUAUAAACACACGGAGCACUACAACAUGGCUCCCUCUCUCUCUAGCAUCAGGCAGCAAAGAUAAAAAAACAAAGGACAAUAGUCCCACUUCACGGAACACAGUAACACAAACAUCCUGUCUCCGUCACUUCCCACUCUGUGGAGUCAAAACAUACACCAUCAUGUGAAAGACAACAAUCCCAUGACUGCAAUCAUGGAGCAGGAAUUCUAACAGUAGCUUGUGAAGAAACAAAGCAUACACAGAGAUUAUUGCAUCUGUACAAGCCAUUGAAUUUGAAUGGGCAUAAGACAGAAGCUCUGUUUGGGGCAUUGUUUAGUGUUGCGCGAGGGAGAGAGUGGGACUGUACCGCUUUCCCCACCCACCUCCCUUGUUGGAAGAUGGUCUGAAGAGGGAGGUUCUCAAUCCCUGGAAGAGCCUAACCACAUAAAACAGGCUGCCUCUGUUGAUUUUCUCCCUCAGUGCAUGGGUAGCAGGGGGAGGUGGGUGCUGACUAGGACACAGCAGUGUGGCUGCAGCCUGUGGGGGCAACUCCUCCCUCUCGUGGUUAAUUAAUAUGUGGUUAAUUGAGUGAGGAGAUAAUGCUUGACUAGAGUUUACGUUUCAGUUGGAUGAGAAGUGGAAGCCACAGCUCAACCAUGGUUUCCUUUUUUGGUUUUCAUGCAAAUUAUGGUUUAUACAAGGGACGCAGGUGGCGCUGUGGGUUAAACCACAGAGCCUAGGACUUGCCGAUCAGAAGGUUGGCGGUUCAAAUCCCUGCGACAGGGUGAGAUCCCGUUGCUCAGUCACCUGCUCCUGCCAACCUAGCAGUUUGAAAGCACAUCAAAGUGCAAGUAGAUAAAUAGGUACCGCUCCAGUGGGAAGGUAAAUGGCGUUUCUGUGCGCUGCUCUGGUUCGCCAGAAGCGGCUUAGUCAUGCUGGCCACAUGACCCGGAAGCUGUACGCCGGCUCCCUCGGCCAAUAAAGUGAGAUGAGCGCCGCAACCCCAGAGUCGGCCACGACUGGACCUAAUGGUCAGGGGUCCCUUUACCUUUACCUUCAUGGUUUAUACAAGCCAUGGUUUGUUGGGCUCAGAGGAAUGAGAUGCUUUGCUGGGAACAAGGAAGUUGCAGGGGGAAGCAAGAGACUCAUUUAUUUAUGACAAAAUAAUGGUUUGGUGUUUGCAUCUGAAUUGAGCCUUUGUUUUGACAAGGAAUGGUCAAUAUGGUUGCUUCCAGAAGUUGUAGGACUACAGCUCCCAUAGGUCAUCCACUGGAAUGGCCAAUGGUCAAGGAUGAUGGGCCUUGUAGUUCAGUAGUAUCUGGAAGCAACCAUAUCGGCUAUUCCUCAUCAAAACAAAGGCUCAAUUCAAAUGCAAAUACAAACCAUUAUUUUAGAUUUAGAUUUUAGGUUUAGAUUUUCCUGGUAUGAUUGCAUGGUCAUUUUAUAGAAUGCUGUUGUUUCUGAUUUAUCCCAAAGCGCCGUGGGGUUUUGCCCUUUGAAGGUAGUACUGGGACAAACCACAACGGCAUGAACUAUUUUGCACAAUCUCAUUCCAGAAAAAAAACCUGCUUUUGUGGUCCUGACUGUGAAGUAGUACCACGGGGAUUAAAUAAAAUGUCAAUUAAUUAGAAUUGACAGUGCAUCAGAAACAUCUCCCGGAGAGAGGUGUCUGUGUGUUUAACUCGCAGUAAGGUGUGACAGGGGAGAAUAGGAAUUAAAAUGUCAAGCUAAAAUAAAAGAUUAGGAAGAGGACUUUAGCCACUGGGAUUUCUUCUGGCUGUGGCGGGAGAGGAAAAUAAAGGUAAUUGAGAAGAGAAGUGUAGGAGAGAGGGAGGGGGAAUCCCCCUUAUGGGGGGGUGGGAAACACACAUUCAAAAUGGUGCGGCUUAUUGCAAGUGUUAUCUGCAUUGAUUUAAUUAACAUUAACGGGCAUAAACAGCCAGUUUUUGGAAAGUAAUUAUGAUUUCCUUUCACGCCUUUUAGAGCAGGUAACUAUCAGCUGGAGAGCUCAGAAGUGGGCCUGUUGUGAAUAUGAUUACAGAUGCAAAUAUUUCAUGGAAGAUGGAAAUUGGGAGCAAAGGAGGGGAAGCCAGGAACCGAUUAUGAAAUCAACUCCCCUGAGCUUAUGCACUAAUGGAACCUUUAACCCUUAGACUAGCAGACUCGUUUCUUUAUGGCAUAAAUGGGCAGUCGUUUCCCUGAGAUUUUGCUGAGAUUCCUGCAUUGCAGGGGGUUGGAUGGAAUGAUCCUUGUCGUCGCUUCCAGCUCUGCCAUUCCAUGAUUCUAUGAUUCUGCCAAGGGCUUCACCCCCUUGAGGACCAUCUGUUGGGGGUUCUGUGCCAGCAGUAGGCACGGCUAGGAAUGGGCACACCAGUCCGUUUCAGUUCUCCAAGUUUCUCAUUGUUCCAAUCUCAACUUCAGUUCUUUUCAGCAGCAAUCUGUGGAAUGCGCCCCCCCCCAUGAAAAUUGUCAUCGUUCUAGUGUGAAAUUCUCCCAAGCAACAGGGUUCUCUAUGCAGUUUUAACUUGGCACUUUUGGCAAGCAUUUAUUGCUGACAUGUGCAUGCUUAUUAAGCACAUUUCUCCCCAAUGCAGUGGUACCUCGGGUUAAGAACUUAAUUCGUUCUGAAGGUCCGUUCUUAACCUGAAACUGUUCUUAACCUGAGGUACCACUUUAGCUAAUGGGGCCUCCCACUGCCACCACUGCACAAUUUCUAUUCUCAUCCUGAAGCAAAGUUCUUAACCCAAGGUACUAUUUCUGGGUUAGCUGAGUCUGUAACCUGAAGCAUCUGUAACCCAAGGUACCACUGUACAGUGGAACCUCGGUUUUCGAGCAUCUCAGAAGCCGAACACCGAAAACCUGGAAGUAAUUGCUUCCAUUUCUGAAUGUGCCUCGGAAGUCAAACAGUUUCCGCUGCAUGGUUUUCUUUUAUCUCAGUGGAUUUUGCCAAUUGCCCGUUGCUCCUCGGUUUUCAAAUGUUUUGGAAGUUGAACGGUCUUCCAGAACGGAUUACGUUAAAAAACAGAGAUUCCACUGUAUACAGUGGUACCUCUGUUUUCGAACAGCUUGGUUCACGAACAACUCAGAACUUGAAAGUCGCAAACCCGGAAGUAGGAGUUCCAGUUUGUGAACUUUGCCUUGGAAGCUAAACAUCCGGCGUGGCUUCUGUGGCUUCCACUUGGCUGCAGGAUACUCCUGAAGCCAAUCGGAAGCCGUGCCUCAGUUUUCAAACAUUUUGGAAGUCGAACGGACUUCCAGAACGCAUUCUGUUCGAAAACCAAGGUAUGGCUGUAUGUGUUUCUUAAUGUAUUGCUUGGUUGAAAAAUUCCACUGCCAUGUUUGGGCAUGUGAAUUGCAAAGGUGUUUCGGUUUGUGUGUUGCUUUGAGAAGUGUGAAUUAGGAAGUUCCUCAUUACAAGACAAACAUAACUGAAUUUCUUCUUCAUCACUAAACAGGGCUGAAGAUGGCAGUGGAGCCAAAAGCUGGUGGGGCCAUCUCAUUUCUCUCUCUUUCUGACACACCCUCAUCACUCUCUUUAACACCCCUUCUUGCCCUUUUGCUGACCCUCAAGACUCCCCAGUGCACUUAAGAGCACGAGUUGUAAUAGUAGGGCGUUUCAUUUUAGGGGUGAAAUUUAAUUUGUGCAUAUUUAUUCAGUGAAGGGUCUUAAAAAUAUGUGUUUUGGGUUGAGAGGAAUUCAAAUCUGCCAUUAUUUUUUUGUGAUCGGGCAACAUUUAGCUUGGUAAGCCUACAUUUGAUGAAGGAGCACAUAAACUGCUUUCUGAAAGCCAAAGAUUUUAAUUUUCCCUUCUGAAAAUGUCAGGUAACGCUAAAUAAAUAAAUAAUAUCGCUGCAAAUGUUCGGCGAUCAGUUUUUAGUGACUUCUAUGCAAUUUUACACACAUUUCACUUGCAGAGCGAACCUAAAUUAUAAAUAAAUUAUAUUAAUUUAACGAAGCAUCUUUUGAAUUCCCAAGUCAUGUUGUAACUUUUUUUUUUUAGCACCCCUCAUUUUUUGAACGUUGAAAGCUGAAAAAUGCAACACACCGUAUUUUAAAAAAGGUAUUCGCUGAUUGGCACUCCUACAAGCCCUGAACUCAAGUCCAGUUUCCCCCUAGACAAAUGUACAACCUGGCACAUGAGUUAUGUGUACUUUGCUGUAACAUGAGUUAUGUGUACUUCCACUGUAAGGUGGAAACAACACAACUGUAGGAACCACUUCACUGUGAGAAUUUCACCCCUUUUUGAGCUUCAGGUUGCCCAGUUAUUUCCAUUUCUUCAUGUGUAACCAAGAGCAAUUUCUCCCUUUGUCUUCCUGUGCAGCCAACCCCUUCCAGAAUUUUUUGGUGCCUUACUUGGAGCAAGCCCGCCAGAUCUGGCCUUGGCUGCUGGGAGCGGCUGUUGUGGGAGCCAUUAUAGCAACGUUGGUCGCUGGAGUCAUCGCUCUCGGUUGUCGAAGGAAGAAAAGAAUCUCGGAGGAGACACAACCUCUGCUCAUGGAGAGCGAAGAUUAUCAGCAUGUAACGUAUCAGUCACACUUAUAAUAGCUGCCAAGCCCCUGUGGCUAAAAGCCAUCAUGAUAUGGGUGGUCCACAAUCAAAUGCCCACAAUGCAUUUUCCAAAGUUUGAUGGUGGCCAACACAAUAAUGGACCUCAGCUUGGGGGAGCCAUGGAGUGUAUAGGCUAUUGAACCCCAUUUCCCACUAACCUCUCCCCAGUCAAAAUGGCUCCCAUUCCAAGCAGCUAAUAGCCAAUGUCAUUAGCUGCCUUUACUUCAGCAAGAUGGCUAUUAGCAACUCAGGGGAAAAUUUGGGCAAGAAAAUGAGUUACCUCCUCGUGCCCUCCUGAUCCAAGCCCACACAUGACAAGAAUGGUAUCUUUGGGCUCUGUAUCCAUAUUCUGUGUGUCCAUUGAUAAGUCUGCUCCAUGC